GUUCUUUUCCGUCCACGCUGCCGCCAUUUUGGUCACGUGAGCGGAACUGCCUCCUCCUCGGCAGCAACGGUACCCUAGCAACCGUUACCAAGGGCCCCGGCACGAAGAGGCGGGGAAGAGAUGGCCAAUUAGAGGGGGCGUUUCGGGCGAAGGGUUGAGGUAAGGUGGGGGAAACCUGGGGGUGUUUGGGGGAGAAAAGAGCGGUGUGGGGAAAGGCUGGCUAAUCCCUUUGGAGAAGGGCGGUGAGGGAGGGGGAAGGACCCGGAGGAAACGAGGCAAGGGUUACCAUGGCAACACCUGCUUGCCCCAGUUUAGAGGAAAGGGGCGACUUGGGGGAAUCGCUCUGGCAUCUGGCGGUGCGAAUCUCCCCCUUAAGGAAGGGGAGGGGGCGCGGCUCCUGCCUCUGGUAGUAGGAGGGGCCCCAGGAGGUGGGAUCUGUUACCGUUUUACUCCCUUUUGAAAGCUCAGUACUGUAGAAGCAAACGUGGAGAGACGGAGCUUGCAACCAACACUUUGACAAGAAAGGGAGAGGAAGAGAGGUCUGCAUAACAAACAGGCUGCCGCAGAGUUGGGCCUUUCCCCCGUGGGUGGGUGAAGGGGUCUCCCUUCAACGUGAAUGUGAAUUUUCCCUUGGUAUAGUAGGCUGAUUUCCAUGUGUGUGCACCACUCUCAAAGUGGUGAAGUGGCUUCACCAGUGUUCAUGGGCACAUCCCAGCCAGAAUGUGAGGGGCAGGCCCUCCAGAGAAGGGGGUUUGGUGUGGGGAAGAGUCUCCGGGCCAGGAGUGCUAAAAGUGGGAAGAAUGUGUUUUUUUUAUUGCAUUUGCAUCAGGGCAGUUUUUUGUUCAACUUGCUCUCUAGAGGUAGACUGCUGCAACACACAAAUAUUUCAUCUGUCAAACCUACAAUAGCAGCAGAAUGCAACACCCCCACAACCACCCGUCUGAGAUUUUAAUUUUUUAAAAAAUGUUUUUGCAGUGAUUUUUUUGACUCAUGUUUCAUGAUGCUGCUUCGUCUCUUCUGCAGAUACCUUCUAGAAUGCCAUUAUGAGUGACCAGCUAAAAUUUAUUGUUGAGAAGCUCAACAAGGAGCCCUUUAAGAAGAACUUCAAUUUAAUCACAUUUGACUCAUUGGAGUCAAUGCAGCUGUUACAGCUGCUAAAUGAUGUUCUGGGAGAGAUUGACCCAAAGGUAAGGAUGGAAAAUUAAGAUGUUGAACUACAGGUGUCAAGAAACUUGCUGAUUAUUAAUUUGUCUCAAAGGUUUAUAUCCCGCCUUUAUAUCAAACGAUCCUCAAGGUGGCUUACAGUAAAUUAUAAUAGUACAUGUAUCUUAAGUUGCCAGGCUGGUGGAAGGGGCCAGACAAAGUGUGUUUCCCAUUGGCUCUGCGAUUCCAAGGCAGUUCUUUCUCACAAGGAUGGGGUAGCAAACUAUCUGCAGCUGCUAAUUCUCUCGCCCAUGCAAUGGAUGGCACUAAGUUAUUGAACCUAACUUAGUCAUCUUCAUUAAUUUCAAUGGGUUUACUCAAUGGGUUUACUCAACCAAGUGUAAAACUUGGUUGAAUACUACCCCAGAUUCAGAACAAACCAGGAGCUUAAACCAACUUCAGACUGUGGUUUAAGAUCAUGACCUAUUCUGAACCUGCUUUCCAAUAAUGGGAAGCUACAGUUAACUGAAGACUUCCUGGCUUACUGUAGCACACCAAGAAGGGAAAAGCGAAGGGGCACUUUUCCUGUUUCAGCUUAUUAAACAGAUUUGAUUGCCAAUAGCAUGUUUAUUCCAGCAUUCUUUUCUCUUAGUGGCAAACAGAUUCCUAUAGAAAGCCCCCAAACAGAACUUGGGUGCACUAGCCGUUUCUCUCUUGUGUUCUCCUACAACUGAUACUUGGAGGCACACCACCUCUGAUACUAGAAGUAAUAUAGGUAUCAUUAUACCUUUAUCCUCCAUGAAUUUGCCUAAUCCCCUUGAAGAGGCCUCCAGGUUGGUGGCCAUCUUGUUGCUGGGUAUGGUGCUCUGAUUUGACCUGCCUUCUGUUACUAGGCGUGACUGACCAGUCCCCCAUGAUAUCACCACGAUCCCCCAAUAACUUCCAGAACAAAAUUGCAUUGAAGUGCUUACCUUUUUAAAACGUAUGCAGCCACAAAUUAAUGGAUAAACACUCUGGGCACUUAAAAAAUGAAAAGGUCAGAGCCAGCCUGCCUGCCUGAAACUUGGGGAGGGGGAAUUGAGUUGCAAAGGUUCAUGGCAUGGAAGAUGAUAGUGGCCUGGAUGAAACCUGCCUAGUUAUAUGUGCAACACCUCACUUAGGAGUUUCAACAGUGCACUAAUCAUUAAUUAAAAUCCAUUCUUCUUUGCUUUACUUGUGAAAUGAAGCUUGUCUUGUUUAUUAUGCCUUGGUUAUUUUAAAAAUUUUCAGCAAGUUGUUGACAUUAGAGAAGAGCUUCCAGAGCAGACUGCUAAACGGAUGUUGAGCCUUCUUGGCAUUCUUAAAUAUAAACCUCCAGGAGGCACCAGUGACUUGUAAGUAUUUAUGUCCUGUUGAUAGUUGUACAGUACAGCCACUGUUGAAGCUAUCUGAACCUGUAAAAAGACAUAGAAGUAACAUAUAAUCAAUUCAUCUUGUCACUUACGGGAGCAUCCUAUUGUUAACCUAGAUGUCAUGCCUUAUAGCUUUGACUUGUUUGCCUAUUUGUACUAAAUUUAUUUCUUACCAUCCAAUCCUUGAGACAUCUCCACUUUAAGAGUGAAUGUGUUUCAGGGAGCACUUUCAAUUUCUUAGAAGUUAGGUAUAAAGUUGAAUUUAGAAUAGUCCACACUGAAUGUGGAGUCCCUGAAGGUGUGCUUUCUGUUAACCUUCCAGAGGCUGCAAGCUUAUACACAUCUAUGAGAAAAUAUGUCUAUUUGCCUUUCAAAUAUUUAUGUUGUGUUGUAACUUGCUCUUUGUUGCUGUAUGCCAUGUUUAUUCAGUAGUCUUUUCCUGACACUGGGCACUAGAGGGUGCUAUUGCAUUAAUGUUUAUUGUGUGUCACGUCCCCUAUCCUGUAGGUUUACAUUCUAAAAUAGAAAAUGCAGAUUCAAAUGAGCAAGGAAAAUAUAGUGCUCCCUAGUAUAAUCUUACUAAAUGCCAGCUUGCAUUUAUAUGUGGGACAAACGGCUUGCCUUUGGCAGCCAGUCAGAUGAUGGAUCUGGUGCAGAGGCCUUCUUUUCACAUUUGUAUGAUUCCAGGGGAACGACAAUAUCAGACUCAUUCAUGGUGUGGCCAUUUGAUACAAAAAAGCAGGUCCCAACACUCAUGGGUGCGACUACGAUGCAUUUAGAUUACAAUUUGGUGGCUGCCGCUCAGAGCUUGAUUGUCUGUGUCCCAUGACAGGCAAAGGUGAUGGAGGAGGAUAGGGCUUUGAGAAGGGGGCAGUAAGGACUAAACACUGGUAGCACAGAAACAAAGCUACUUUGCAGGAAAUGUAGAAUUUUUUCAGAGAAGGUGGGUGGUGGCUGAGGUGAUGUGCGUGUGACUUUGUGUGGAAUGGACUAAGAUGGGAGAAGUAAUCAAGGCAGAAAUGGACUUGGGAUAGGGUCAGAUGCAAGCUGGGCCAAAUUAAUAGGGGCCUAGAAGAGGCCAGACGGAAGAGUUGGAAAGGCUUGACCUCAAGUGGCCUGCAGUUUCCCUGAACAUGCCGCAGACCAACCCAUAAUACUUACUCUUUACUACAUGUUCUUAUGCACCUAUUUCCUUAUUAUCCAUUUUAUUUUUAUCCUGCUUUUAUGAAAUUGCUCUUUCUAGUUUGUGUGUGUGUGUGUGUGUUUUAUUUUUACUUAAGCUGCCCUGCUAAUGGAUUGGAGAGCAAAAUAUAAAAUUUAAUAAAUGAAUCCUUCCCUGGUAUUCUUCUUUCCUUUUCACGGUUUAAUAAAAUUUGAAAAUCUGCAAAUUUUGAAAUCUAUAAACUAAAAAGUUUAUCGUUCUGGUUAAGAAAAUUUGUGGAGGUUUGUUCUUACCACUGUUGUGUAAUUGCAGAUUUUAUUUGAGCAGUACUAAAGGUAAAGGUAAAGGAGCAGUACUAUAGUAGGUUAGAAUCCCACGUCUAAGCAUUUUACUCUGAAUUAAGUCUUGCGAUGGUCAGUGGUGCAUGCUUCCAAGAGCUUGCAUUGAAGGUAGUUUGGAACUUACAGUUACUGCAGAGUGCUGCUACUUGGUUGCAGAGUGAUAUGCCAAUUCAGAGUUUUGUUCUGCCCUGGCUGAGUUAUUAACUCCUGGGCCCAGUUUAAGGUCUUGUCAUUGACUUAUAAAACGCUAAUGGCUCAGGGCCCGUAUACUUGACGGAGCACCUCUUAUGUUGAUGGACAAUGCCCAAGGAACAGGGUAAAGGACCCCUGGACGGUCCAGUCGAAUUCGACUAUGUGGUACAGUGUUCAUCUUCUCAAAGUUUGCUUUGUAGGUCCUGUGGCCAGUAUGACUAAACCACUUCUGGUGCACAGAACACCAUGACAAGUGCCAGAACGCAUGGAAACGCUAUUUACCUUCCUGCCACAGCGGUACCUAUGCAUCUACUCACACUGGUAUGCUAGGUUGCCAGGAGCUAGGACAGAGCAAAGGGAGCUCACCCCGUUGUACAGAUUCAAACUGCCAACCUUAAGAUUGGCAAGCCAACGAGGCUUGGUGGUGCCACCCACAGUGCCACCCACAUCCCAGCCCAAGGAACAGUGACCUUGUAAAGGUGUCCUCUCACCCUUUCUCUGGAGGUUCCUAAGUCUUCAUAAUUGCUUCAGUUUCUCCAAUUCUUGAAUGAGAUUUUUUUUUUGCUUGAGGAUUGUUUAGCUGGAUUUGAUCUCAUAAGUACAGUCUACAGAAAUUUUAACUUCCUGCUGUUGUAAGGUUUUCAGUGAUUUUAUGGUUUUAUUUUGCUGUUAUAUACUUUGCGUUUCAUGUUAUAUACUUUUGGUUUGUUGUAUAUUUUAAAUGUGAACUACUUUGUGAUUCCAAAUAAAUAGUAGUACAGUCGUACCUAGUCUCUCGAACGGAAUCCGUUCCGGAAGUCCGUUUGACUUCCGAAAACGUUUGUAAACCAAGGUGCGGCUUCCGAAUGGCUGCAGGAACUUCCUGCACUCAAUCGGAAGCUGUGGAAACCACGUUGGAUGUUUGGGUUCCAAAGCACUUUCGCAAACUGGAACACUCACUUCUGGGUUUGAGGCAUUCGGAAGCCAAAACAUUUGAGUCGCAAGGCGAACCAAUGUACGACUGUAUAUAAAUUGAUUUGAACAAACAAACAAACAAAUGUGUUUUAGGAUUGCAGUCAGGCAUAAUUUCUCAAAUUUCUGAUUAAUGAGGCACACUCCUUUUCUGAAUUAAAAACAGGGCUACCCUAAACACUUAUACCUGUUAACAGUGCUGGAGCACGUUAGUUGCAUGCAGAAGAUCUUAGGUUCAGCUCCUGGUAUCAUCAGGUAGCAUGAGGAAAAUUCUCAGGGAUGAUUCACACCCUGGCCGGCACUUUCUUGAUCUCCUGCCCUCAGGCAGAAGGUAUAGCAGCAUGAUUAGUCACACCAACAGGGUAAAUAACAGCUUCUAUCCGUGGGCUGUUAGGCUGCUGAAUGAAAAGAUAACAACAGGGCAACUGACUUUCGGGUUUGGUGGGUGUGCGUCAGUAAACUAGGGGAAUUAAGACUAAGAGAGCUGAGUGGGGGGUGCUCGUGUAAUCUCACUGUAUACAAGUUGUGCAAGUGACAAUAAAGUAUUUCAAUUUCAGUUUCAAUCUUCUCCUGAGAAAGCCACUGCCUGUUAGAAUAGACAGUACUGGGCAAGGUGGAUGAAUAACAGGGCCUAAUGUAAGAUAGCUUCCUAUGUGCUCUCAUAGAGAAAGGCCACACUUCUGUGUGUCUGCUGAGUCACUGCUUUAGCAUGACUCUUUAAUGGAAGGAGGCCAGCCCAGAGCAGCAACUUGUGCAGAGAGGCAUCAGCUUGCUUUAAAGGCAGAAAAUUCUAUUGCAUCUUUGCUCUCACAGUGAUUGAAUUAUCCAGAGCAGUGACUCAUGCAGAGACACAGCAGGCAGCCACAACCAUGGGCCUGUAUUUCAAGGAUGACUAGAGUUCAGGCUUGUUGGAUCUAUUUUGUCUUUUACUGGAAGCCUAAGAUCUAGCAACUACUAGAGUCAGGUGGGAAAGAUUCACAGUUAGUACUGAAGAACUGGCUUCUUCUGAGCACAUUCUGAGCUUAGGAACAUGUUUUCAGUACCAGAACUGAGUUCAUGCUCCUUUCACACAAAAGCACACUUCUGGCUAUCCCAAGCUUUCUUAAUUCAAGCAAUAUAAUUUAGGGCAGUGGGGUGAGUCAUUUUGCGCUGCUUUGUUAAAUUAUUGGCAUGAGUUUCUGACUCCCAAUCUGUUGCAAAUUGCUCUGAGAUCUAGCAGAUGAUCACAUUAUGCCUUCUGGUGUACUUGGGACUUGGGCCUUUUUUUGUUUCCCUCACAGCUUGGGAAUGAUUCAGUUAAGAGAAAGAUCUGUGAUCUACAUUGUCCCUUGACUAUGCAGGGUACUCAGUGGCUGUAGGGAAACCACUGUCUUUCAGCUUAUCUCUCACAAACACAGUCUUUAAAUUGAAUGUCAGGAGCCACAGCGCUCUGGUGACUCUGUUGCAUGCCUGGCAAAAGUAAACACAGCUGGUCUGGAAGUGACGUGGUACCCACGUCCAUUCACAGCUGGGUUCAAAAGCUCCAGUCGAGAUGAGGGGCUGGGGAGAAGUGACAUCAGCCAUGUAAAAGGCCCACAGAGGUAAGCACUGUCCUCCAAAUGCUUGUUUUGACCUUCUGACGUCUUAAAUGAUUGGGGGGCAGAAUACCUGAAGUACCCACCUGCUUUCUUAGGUAAACAAAUGAGGAACUGUUUUAUAUCCCCCUCCCCAAUCACUUAGGCAAGAUAGGUGAGCAUAUGACUCAGGGUCUUUUGGGUUAUGGUGACAAGACUGUGGAGCAACCUCCUUGGUCAAUUUUUGCCUUUCGGUUGCAGCUGUGGAAUAUUAUCACAUUGACGCUGCUAUUUUUUAAUGUGGUUUAUCUUUUGGGGGGGCAGGAUUCUUUUGUUUCCAGUGCUGUUGCUGUUUUUUAUUUGCCUAUAUUUGCAGGUUGUAAAAUGCUUUGAACAUUAUAAAAAGAGCCAAGUAAAUGUUUAGUAUUAAUUCUUCAUCUUCUACUAAGCACUCAAGGGUGGGGUGGGGGGCUGCUGCUUAUGUUUGCUUCAGACUUCUUUUCUCUCAGUAGAGCUUGAUGUCACUGUUAUUGUUAUUAUUCAGGAGUACGUUCCGCCAGGGUUUAGUCAUUGGAAGUAAGCCUGUCAUUCAUCCUGUCUUGCACUGGCUGCUUCAACGGACAAAUGAGCUGAAGAAAAGAGCCUAUCUUGCACGGUUCCUAAUCAAAGUAGACGUGCCAGCAGAGUUCCUUCAAGAUGAUGCUGUGUCAGAUACCAAUAGACAGGUAGCAUUUGCAACACAUUUCUUAUCCAGAUUGUAUUUCUGUAGUAAUGUUGGUUAAAACCGUGGCAGGUUUCCUUGAAUGGGUAUAAACCUUAUAUGCACUGGGAGAAUCAUGCAAAAAGCAUAUUAAUGAAAGCCUUUAAGGCUGGUCAAAUACAGAAAGCCAGGAUAACCUGUAUAUAAUCUGGAAUUGUUUAAUUAUGAAGUGCUCAAAGGCAUCUGCUUAGAUGAGAGAGCAGCUAGUAAGCCUCUCUCAUGGGAUGCUGCCUUCCAUCCCCAAAUGCUACAUGAUGCAUUUGCUGCUCUCAAGAGGGGUCAGUGAGCUUUGGUUGUCCCCAGAUCACGGAAGCUUCACCUGUAUAGUGUGUUGGUGGGUAGAAAGUUUGGAAAAUGGCAGGAGAAAUAGUGUAUGGCUUUGGUGUUUCCUCAAGUGUGUGCGCAUACCAGGUAAAGCAGGAAAAAUUGCUCUUGCCUUGCAUGGAAGUUAAAGCAAACAUUUUCCCCACAUUGAUAAUAUCCGAUUGUAAAAUUAAAACUAAACAAACACUGCCUUUAGAGCAGGGAAUGCAGCUUGUAUAUUUAUUCAGUGUGUGCCACUCCUAAUUUGUAUAAAGAUAUAGCUCCACAGUUUCCAUUAUGUAAAAUGUUUCCAAUAAUCCACUGGCUUCUCCAAAAUAGAAACUAUAAUAAUACACCACACUUAAAACAAUAUGUGAGGGUUUUUUAAACGCUGCUAAAAAUGAAGAGAUUUUGCUGAUAAUAUUUGGUUAUUUAUUUGUGUAAUAUUUUAUGUUAUGACCUGAGAUAAAUUAUUUAAGCUACGUAUCAUUACAAAUUUUGUGUGUGUGUCUUCAUUUUCUGCUAGAGUUUCUUACAUACAGAACAAACAUGGCUUCACACAAUUUCUAGGCCCAGAAUUAAGCUACAUUAAUUCUGAUGGUUAUGACCUGCCCACUGGUCUGCUCACCUGAAGUUAGAGGAAGGACCUUUUGAUCACUGUGAAUGUACAUUAUUUCAUUUUUUCAGUAAAAGCUCAGUCUAGGGAAUCUGCCCAGGGGCACCAAUGAGAACCUUAGCAGGCCCUGGGUUAGCAACUCCUGUUAUAAUUUAAUGAACUCUUGACACUGCACUGUUAACAUCAAUCCUUAGUCUUCCUAGAAAGAAUUUUAUGGGGCAAAAUGUGCAGUUACCUUCUAGGAGAUUUCUGUGAAUGAACGUGUGAUGUGGUCACCUUGUGUAUUUUUCCUGGUACUGAGGAACGCUCCCUGUUGUUAUUAGACAGCAACAUUAUCAGAGACUAUGUCUGUAUAAUCAGUAUUGUGUGAUUUCCACAAUCAGGACAUAGCGGACUUCUGUUGUUCAGAGCAGUUGUCCCUCUAAUUUUGUGUUAUACCAUGUUCUCCCUAGUAUUCUCUCAAAACUGAAUGUGUGUCCACUGAUGUGUGUGUGUCAGCUUAGCAAACCCUGAGUCAUAUCAUUUGUUUUAGAAGUUUACUCUUUUUGCAGUAUGAAGAGCUGAUGGAAGCAUUCAAAAACCUACAUAAAGAAUGUGAACAGCUGAAGACAUCUGGUUUCUCAACUGCAGAAAUACGAAGGGUAACAAAGAGGGAGACAUUGCAGAUACUGUAUAUUUUUAGCUGUGCUUUUGAUUUUUAGAUCAACUAUUGUAGCAGCCACUAUUUUGAUUAAAUUGAUUGUACUGAUCUUUUAGCAUGGCACCCUGUGCUUUGGAAUUCCCUGUUUGUUACCAUUAGGCAGACACACUCACUAUAUUAUUUAAACACCUGAUGAAAACUUUUUUUGUUUCAAAAGCCUAUCCAGACACAUAACUUAGCCUUUGUUUUUGAAUUUUGUUGAUUUUAUCUGGGUAUUAUUGACAAUUCUUUUGAUUAAAUGGCCUAUUAUACAUUUUCUAAAUAAAAUUAAUGCAUAAUUUAGCCUUGCAAGUAUGUCUACAAAUGUUGCUACCUGCAGAAGAGGGUGACUGAUUUUUUCUUCUUCUUGACUAUUUUGUGGCUGUCUCUCAAAGCAGGUAAAAAUAAUGAUGAUGAUAAUAAUAAUAAUAAUAAUAAUAUUUUAUUUAUACCCCGCCCUCCCCAGCCAAGGCCGGGCUCAGAGCGGCUUACAAGCAAUAAUAAAAACAAGAAGAAUGAUUACAACUUAAAAACAAAAAUAAAAUACAACAUUAAAAUAAUGGAACAUUAAAAUAUUAAAAUGUAGCCUCAUUGCAGGAGGAGAAGGAAAGGAAAAAAGAAAGAGAGGGAGGGAGGGAAUCAAAUUGGCUCCAAGCCAAAGGCCAGGUGGAACAACUCUGUCUUACAAGCCCUGCGGAAAGAAAUCAGAUCCUGCAGGGCCCUGGUCUCAUGAGGCAGAGCGUUCCACCAGGCCGGAGCCAGAGUUGAAAAGGCCCUGGCUCUGGUUGAAGCCAAUCUAACUUCCUUAGGGCCUGGGACCACUAGGGUGUUGUUAUUUAUGGACCUUGAGGCUCUCCGUGGGGCAUACCAGGAGAGGCGGUCCCGUAGGUACGAGGGUCCUAGGCCGUGAAGGGCUUUAAAGGUCAAAAGCAGCACCUUAAAUCUGACCCUGUACUCCACCGGGAGCCAGUGCAGCUUGAAAAGCACUGGGUAAAUAUGCUCCCAUGGCAAAGACCCCGUGAGGAGCCUCGCUGCAGCAUUCUGUACUCGCUGGAGUUUCUGGGACAGCUUCAAGGGCAGCCCCGCGUAGAGCGAAUUACAGUAGUCAAGCCUGGAGAUGACCGUCGCAUGGAUCACUGUGGCCAGGUCGGGGCGGGAAAGGUAAGGGACCAACUGCUUGAUGCGGCGAAGGUGGAAAAAUGUCGCCUUGGCUGUUGCUGUAACUUGCGCCUCCAUGGAAAGGGAGGCGUCAAGGAUUACACCCAAACUCUUAACGGAAGGCAAUGGCACUAAUUGGGCCCCCGCAAGAGAAGGGAGUUGGUCCCUCAUCCCCAUGCCAUCCCGACCUAGCCAUAGGACCUCUGUCUUCGAAGGAUUUAGUUUCAAUCGGCUCCCACGAAACCAUCCAGCCACAGCUUCCAAGCAUCUGGUCAGUGUGUUCGGGGCCGAGUCGGUGUGGCCAUCCAUCAGCAGAUAGAGCUGAGUGUCAUCAGCAUAUUGGUGACAGCCCAGCCCAAAGCUCCGGAUAAUCUGGGCAAGGGGCGCAUAAAGAUGUUAAAAGCAUCGGGGAGAGAAUUGCGCCCUGCGGCACUCCACACACCAAGGAGUGGCGCGACGACAUUUCCCCCCUAGUGCCACCCUCUGUCCCCGACCAGAGAUAAAAGAGCACAACCAGUUACGGGCUAUGCCCUGUAUCCCCAUGUCUGCGAGGCGGUGGUCCAGAAGAUCAUGAUCGACCAUGUCAAAGGCUGCUGACAAAUCUAAAAGGAUCAGCAGUCCUGACCCGCCUCGAUCCAGUUGUCUACGGAUAUCAUCUGUUAGGGCAACCAGAGCCGUCUCCGUCCCAAAACCAGGACGGAAACCGGACUGAAAUGGAUCUAAUGCCGAUGUUUCCUCCAGAAACCUACCAAGCUGUUCAGCAACUGCUCUCUCAAUUACCUUACCCAGGUAUGGAAGAUUUGAAACUGGGCGGUAAUUGGAUAGGUCUAAGGGAUCUAAUGAAGUUUUCUUUAAGAGUGAGACUCAGUAAAAUAUAACUGAUACAGCAGUUGUCACUUGUCUUUCUCCCAUUAGGGCUUACUACUAAGAGCAUUUCUUAAGUCUUCCCUGUCACAGGUAGCUCAUUCAAAAGUUUCAGCUACUUUUCACGUAAACUGCUAACCUAGCCUCGUCUAACCCCCUGUAAAUGCUCUUGAAAAACAUCAUUUGAAAGGCAAUAUAUACAUUGAUUAAUAAAUAAAAUGUAGUUAACCAGAAAAACAUCCAAAGGGACAUAGUCACCUUAUGUUCAAAGCAAAUUUUAUUUCUAGCCCAUCUGCCCACUCAUAACUUUGUCACUUUAUCUGCCCCAAAAGACAUUGUUGUUUUUUUAAGGGUAUUGAGAUUCUAUGUGUUGAAUGACUUGAGGCAGUUUGAUCUUUUUUCUUCUUUGAAGCACUAACAAAUUCUAUAGGAUCUGAAGAGUACCUCUUUGAAUAUGUUGAUUUGACUUUGAUUAACCUGUACAAAACUAAGAGGUAAUAUAAUUAAAAUCCUGAGCAUAAGUGAUUCAGUUACAUGAAUAUUAUGAUAGAGUCUUCUCUUAGUUCCAGGCGUGUAGAAAAAUAACUGAUUCUGGUGUGUGUCAUAUUUUUUCUGUGUUGACGCUUUCUAGGAUAUCACUGCUAUGGAAGAGGAGAAGGAUCAGCUGAUGAAGAGAGUAGAGCGUCUUAAGAAGCGGGUAAGUGAGAGAAGCAAAGCUGUGGCAUUUGGAUGUCAUCAUCCUUGGCUUGCAAGUUGGACUGGGGAAUGCAAACAAGGAUUAAGACUAACAUGUCUUAAGCACGCCUUGGGAAGGAAUCAAAUGGCUAACCGGAGGAAAGAGAAUCUUCCCCUCAGGCAGCAGUCCAAAACAUUUAAAGGCCUUGCUUGAGUCCAACACUUAAGUGUGAGCUCCAAGAAGUGUUGCGUAUGGGGAGGAAGUGUGGUGUGAAUCUGUGAGACACCUGAUCACCCUAAUUGAUUUCUCAGCUAUGUAGCAGUUAACUUGCUUUGCUUAUCCUUUUACCGUAGGUGGAGACAGUGCAGAAUCAUCAGCGGAUGCUUGAAAUGGCAAGGCAGCUCCGAGUGGAGAAGGAGAGGGAGGAAUCUCUCUCCCAGCAGAAGCAAGAACAGAAAAAUCAGGUAUCUGUGCAAAAGCAUGCCACUUAAAUUAAGGGUGUUUUUCCCAAUAAAAUAAAACCUAACUAAUUUUUGUAAAUAAAAUUGCAUUUGGCUUUUUUAAAAAAAAUGCCAGUAUUGUCAUUGGAUGAUGACACUCCUCGUUUACAGAAGUUUAAAAUCUAGUCUUGGUAUGAAUUUCUAUUUAGAUUAUGGAUAAAUUGGGGGUGUCAUGGCUGUAAAUCCAUGUAUGCUUCUGGAUACCAGAUGCUGGGGACAAAAAUCAGGGAAGGUUAUUGCUUUGAUGUCACUGCUUGUGAACUUCCAGAGGUAUCUAGCUGGUCAUAGUUUGAAAACAGAAUUCUGGGCUAGAUGGACAAGUUUCUAAAAUGGUCUUCAAAAUUUAACUCUUUGGUGCAGUGACAAUUGGAAUGUGAUACAUUCAUCUGAUGGUGGUGUGGUCAUCUGUUGGCCUUUCCAAUAGACAUUUCUGCAUGAUUGGCCAAUGUGGGCCAAAGGUUUACCAGGUCCACCAAGCAAUUCCUGCUCUUGGUUUGCUCAAUGGUACAGCUGGUUGUAGCACUGUCUUGCCAGAUCUGCCAUCAUAAUGCUUUCUAAUUACUUCCUUUUAAAGACUGAGGGAAGGAGUAUAUUGUGUGCAUUCCCAGCCUAUUCAGUAGGGUUUGCAUAGAUGUUUCCUCCCUUUUUGCAAAUUGCUAUUGUGUAUUUUUGUGUACGUUUCCAAAGAUUAAGCUUAUUAAUAGACCUGUGCAUAUUUUCUAAGCUUUUUCAUGCAGAGCAGAGGCUGCAAAGAGUCCAACUCCAGCUAAAGGAUAUGCGUCAUGCAGCAGUGGAUUCAAAGCCAGAAAGUAAGUAGGAGUUCUAAAAUGUUUUUCCCCCUCCUUGUCUACUGCCAAAAACCUAGGAUGGACUUUUUAAAAGUCAAGAAAGAUAAAAUUUAUACCCUCCUGAGUUUACAUUUUCAUAUUAAAGGUUUGGCUUGAUGUAAGUGUACAGAUUUUUGAAGAUCUGAAUAUUGCAGAUAAGAUCUGAACAUGACUAUAUUCAUGACUGAUGAGCUUUUCAUUGCUGCUGCUGCUGCUGCUAAUAAUUUUAUACUAACCUUUUGAUCCUCACUUUAUAAAUGAAGCCAAAAUGUGGGCAACUAUAUCUGUUGCCCUGUUCAGGGAAGUUUUUAAUGUGUGACAUUUUAAUGUAUUUUUAAUCUUUGUUGGAAGCCGCCCAGAGUGGCUGGGGAGACCCAGCCAGAUGGGCGGGGUACUACUACUACUACUACUACUAAUAAUAAUAAUAAUAAAUAUGUUGGCUCUGGUCUCUUCUUUGAUGUAAGGACCUGUCUUUCCAGAGUGGCAAAACCAUAGUAGUGCCAUGUACUUUGAUGGCUCUGCUAUAGAGGGAGGGAUGGGACAACAGGGGCCUCUCCAUUGGCUCUGCUCAGAGUCAACUGCCUCUUGAUUCCUCCCCUACCCAAACUGUUUCUGUUUAAGUCAGUCAUUAAUAAGGACUUUGUAAUUUUAAGGAUCAGUGCAUGAGAUUGCUUGUUUUUCCUCCUCCGUCCCCAUACAUUUUCCCUUUUAUGUCAUGUGUUUUAAAAUGUUAACUUGUGGGCUGUAACUUUCUUGUAUCUAUUAUUGUUUUAAUUGCUCUUAUGUAAGUUGCUCUGGGAACAUUUUCAAUGGAGGGGCAGUGGAAUACUUCCAGUAAAAUAAAUAACUGAAUUGUAAUAAGCAGCUAGAAAAUACCAGAUAUAGUCUCUGGCAUUAUAAGGGAUGGUGAGACUUUUGUAUUUCUGUAUACACUUAUCUUCUGUUAACUCCCAGAAGCAUAGCUGUCAACCUUCCCUUUUUUUUUGCGGGAAAUUCCCUUAUUUCAGCACUGUUUCCCGCUGCUUCCCACUGCUCUCCCGGAUUGUUAGAUAUCCCGUAGACUGUCCCCGGGAUAGGUGAGGCUGCUGAUCCCUUAUUUUCAAAUCUGAAAGUUGACAGCUAUGCCCAGAAGGACCCUAUUCUGUAAUAAUACAAUGCACUGGUGCCUUGUAGAGCCACUGUGAAGCACUGAAGAAGAUGUAAUGGAGCCAGAACUUCCCACUAUUUCUCCUGGCCAACAAGGCCCUUGAGGUGUAGGGAGGCCAGUGUAAGAGAAUACAUUUGGUUUUUUGAAUGAGUGGGUGCCAAAGUGUAUUGUGCAGGAUACAAUUUCUGUUUAAGGCUAGUUGGUCCUGCAGGUAGGACUUCAGUUUCAAUCAAUAAGCCCUCUUUGACCACAGCUAUAACAGACUGCCUGCUUAUCCUUAUCAAUGUCUGUCUGAGAGUUGAAGAUUUAAUAUUUUCAUCCUCAACUAAUUCUGCUCACUUUCCCUCUUCUCUAUCGGAUUAUGGUAUUUUUUUAUGCAGGAGCAAGAGGAGGACACUUUGUUUGCUCUUGACUGAGCACUCACAUUAAAAUGCCAUGUAAAUUCCUAGCCAGUACCACUUUGAUCACAUUUUUGCUGUUUCAUAGUAAGCGAGAGAGAGGUUUAUUUUAAGGAAAAGCUUUAAGUCCUAGUUUUCAGGCACUCCUCCUGAUGACAUCAGUGUGCAAUUAAUAAGAGAAGCCUAAAGCCCUGCCAGAACAUUUUGCCAUUAAGAGUUAUUAGUAGCUUUAAAAAAACAAAAAACAAAACCCAACAACUUCAAGCUGAAAGAUGACGUAUUGUACGAUUUUAAAAGUUAAGUACUGAGUGCCAUCUGCUCCUCCUCGGUUUAUAUGAGGCCUGCCAUCCUCUGCAUAGUUUCUCAACUGUAAGUUGUGCUGAGAUAAAUGGGUCUUUCCUGCAAGUAAUUGAUGAUAAAAAUGCACUGUCAUUAAGUUGAAUACCAGUUGGUUAUGAUCCACCUAAAGUUAAGCCUUUUAAGCUGUCAUUGACUUCUGAAUGCUGUGAGGUGGUUUCUGGUUAGUGUGACUGGCCUGCUGUCGAGGCCUUGAUCUCACAGUGGAGUGGUGAGAGAGAACGAGCCACACACAUGACUGCUCUUAAAUGAUUGCUGCCAGGCAUUGUGGAGUCCAAAUGGCAAUCUUGUUUUUCUGGGAGAGCUCCGGGCAAUGAAACAGGCAGGAGGACAGCUGGAGUAAAACCUGGUGUAAGUCUCAGGGUAGCAACAACUGAACACAAGUGAGAACACGACCAUAUAGUGUUGAUGGCAGCAAAGACAACUUACUUCUUGGUCAUUGAAGAAGUGUAGCAUGCAGGAAAGGGUCAACUCCUCAUGGAGGUAUAGUCGGCACUGACUGAUAGAUCAGGUAGUGGUGGCCAGGUGAAAGGGGAGGGAAUCUCCCACCAAUUGUCAGCCUUGACUCUACCUCUAGUGAGACUUGGAAUCCCACCUUUGCCUCCUGGCAUGCAGUUCUGCCUAAGUUCCAUUUGAAAUUAAAGACCUUUCAGUGCAUUUCAUACAUUUUGGAUUGCCCCCCCGAGCUAUGUUGUUACUCCUUUACUGCUAACUUAGUGACGUGCUGUUGUUGGCAGUAGGGUUUGCGCACAAAUUAAAAACACUUCUAGACUCUGAAUCUCAGAAGACAAGUGUGUCUUGAGCUCUGCUGCUUGCAAUUUUGUUUGAAGAUAUGCAUUUAGCCCGUGUAUUGGGAAAGCCGCUGAAAUUUCUAGCUGGGGCAAGUUGAUUAGUCAGGUCUAGUCAGGUAAGUUUUCUAUUUCCCCAUGUCUGAACAAGCCACUAAUUCACUCUUCCGGAACCUCUCUUAUAACCAUAAAAAAUUUGAACGGAAAACAUGAUGAAUCACUAUUAACAGCUUUUCACAUAUGUCACUGGCAAAAAUGGAACUCAAAUAAGCUUAAGGCCCUGAGCCAAGCACACUAUACAGCUUUCGUGCAUAAAGAGUCUAAAAGAAAAUGUUUUUUUAGAAAAAUAAAAAGCUUCUGAAGUGGAUAAUGGAAAGACCUAAAGUGCUCUCUAUUAUUUUCCCUUUGGCUUGAGAGUUUGUGAAAGGCAAUGUUUUCAGAAAAAGUUCAAUUAAGCUGCCAAAAUGAGAGAGAGAAAAAGAACUAGGUAAUUCCUUUCCCUAUGUGACUAAUUCCACAGAGUUUGAGAACAUUUUACUCUAUGUGAAACAUCCAAAGUAGGCUAGGCAUCUGUUGUUCUUUGUGUGCACUUAACCAGUUAGUUUUCACGUUUUACCUUGUGUCUCUGGUUUCUGGCAUCAGUGGAAGCUUUAGAAUAACCUUCUUCAACCUGGUACCCUCUGGAUGUUUUGGACAACUCCCUUGAGCCCCAGUUGUAAUCCAAAAUAUCCAGAGGGUACCAGGUUGAAAAAGGCUGCUUCAGAGCAGACAUAUCAGUGUUUACUUUAGAAGCCUUUUUAAAAAAAUAGUAUGUUGUAUAUAUUCUGCACUCUAAUAUCUGUUGGAGAGAUCUGUUGUAACCAUAUCUCAUGUUUUCCUUAUAUGAAAGUUACAAAUGCCUUUUUUUAAAAUUCAUUCAUCUCCCCACCUUCAUUACAUUUAUAUUCACUUUUCUAUUUGAAAUCAUAUCAUCAUUAAAAUACUGAAAGGCUAAAACACAGCAGCUAUGAACCAAUUCAGCAUAAAAGGAAACAAUAUUUAAAACAAUGACCAGGAGUUACAAUUAAUCCACCAACAGCUAUCGAAAGGAAUGCUAAUAAAAUUGAUGUCUUUCGCUUGCUGGAAAAGAUUGAGCUAAGCAAACAUCACUUGGAAGCAUAUUCCAUAAACUUAAUGCCACAAAAGAGAAUGCCGUGUGUGUGUGUUUUCACUUGGCAAGUUAACACUUUCCCCCUGCCUGUGAAAGCGCACCUUUAACCAGCUUUAAAACAGGAAAUUUGCAAAAGACCACUGCUUUAAGGCAAGCUCCUUUUAUAUUUAUUGUUCAAAAUAUAUUUUGGAAAGUUGUUUGUUCUCUAUGCAUUUGGACACCUCUUAAGAUAUUGUAACCAAAUUUCGCCUGCUUGUUCCUGAGAUCAAGGAGCAGGGUUUUCUUUUCUAUGUUUGGAUACAAUUGGAUGCCAUUUUGAAUUCAAGAUGGCAGCCUGAACCUUCAAAAAUGGGCUGAUUUUGGGGGUUCUUAACAUUCCUGAACAAUCCUGGGUACACAGCUGCUAGUUUAAAAUAUUUCUGUGCUGCCCUUCUGUUUACCAAAACUCCCAUGUGGUCUGACCAGCAUCAUCAAAACAAUAUCAUGUCUGUUUUUAGAAGCAGAGAACAGUCUGUGCUCAAAUUGAGAAUCAUAUUUAGAAUAUUCCUAACAUAGAAAAGAAUACCAAUUGGAUAUUCCAGAACUUAGGCAUCCAAUAAGCUUAAGAUCAGAGCAUGAAUGAGGGAGAUUGUACAUUGAGCUAUCGGAGUAUAGUAUUCCCAGGAAUGACACCAAUUUCAAUUUAAUGAACUUUCGCAUGAGAGUCUGUAUGUGACAGCCCAAUUUGUAGCCUGAUUCUCAAGAUCUUCCAUCCACGCAAGCCUGGGUGAUGUUAGAGGAACUUGAGUUGUCAGUUGUCAGAGCUCCCAUCCCAAAUGCUAUGACAGAGGCUGUUAUGUGCAAGUAAGAAAGCUUUAUUCAAGGGCUUACAAUGAUGCAGGUCAGGUUACAGGUACAUAUGUAGUUAGGGAGUUCGAGAACAGCAGCAGGAGUCCAAGAAUGGACAAGCAGCCAUGGCCCUCCACCAGCUUUUAAAAGUGAGAGGUGGUGCACUCAUGAGAUUCUCCCUAUGAGAGUGGGGGCACUUGGAAGCAACUGCUUUUGUGAGGGGCAUGGGUCUAUUUCCAACAAUGAAGGUGGCUCCAAGUUCCUGGUGAUGGGAUAGAGGUCAGUCUCUCUGGCUGCUGCUGCUCAGCUUCCCUCCCUUGCUAGUCCUCCCGUGUUGCAAGGGAACCAUCCCACUGUGUGGAUGGGACAAGACAGGGAGCCAACAAGGCUGCCUCUGUUUCCCCAGCUCUGAAGGCAAAGGAAUGGGAGCCCUCUUAGGCUGUUCCCUGCGGACAGCAUCCUCCUCCUGCUCACCUUCCUCACCUGUCACUCCCAGCCCCAUGCCAGACGGUAUUGAGGGGUUCGCAACAGCAGUGUGCCUUGAGGACCAUACCUAUACUCAGGAUUGCCAGUGAACCUGAACAUUGUAGCCCUGUUCUGAAUAGAUUCCUGGUAGGAUUGCUCCAACCUUUUCCCUGUGACAUGCCUGCUCCACCCCGUCUGCAUUUCAUACAUUCAGCUUAGCCUUUGCAUAGUGGUUUACACAUAGAGAGGACCUACGUGACUGAUGUAUACACCGUAAAAUCUUGGACAUUCUCAUGAUAGUCCUUUUCUGCUGGAUUUUGAGCUGGUGUGACGUACUUGAUUAAUGUAUUACAGCAUUUCUCAACUACAAUGAGAAGGAGUGACCUACUGUUAAAACCUAAAACAUAACCCUUCAUACCACCCCUGCAAAUAUUAAGAAAUUCAUAACCAAAUCACAAGGUGGCAAGAAUUCAGGCCUGCCUGGAAGAGAGGAUUUGUAUAGCUUACUAAGUUAUAUGCUACUAGGUUGUGUUUUCAUCCAUAGACAGUGUAAAUUGCAGCUCGGGAGACUCCUUGUUUGCAGCAGUGUUGCAUCCUUUUCUGUUGCCUGGGACAUGCCUGGGCAGAGCACAGAGGGUCAAUAGAACCUGCUGCUCCAGGCCAGCCAACGCUGCCAAGUGCAUGCACACAGGGUGCAAAGGGCUCAUGGAGCCCACACAUCAGCUCAGCUCUGGCCACUGGAGCCAAGCAGGGCUGUGUUGUGCUCCUGCCUGCCUGUGCAGGGAGGAGCCUGGCCAGCCAAUGUAGCACUUGUUGUGCAAAUCCCCCCUAACACUAGCCAGAGGGCCAGGGGCACUGCAGCCAGGCCAGGCUGAGACCCAGAGACCCCCAGUUUCAGGCAGCAUGGGAUGGGGAUCCUUGCAUGGGGGCACCUAGCUCGCGCCCCCUAAAAAUUGUGCGCCUGGGGCUAUGGCACCCCUUCCUCCUACUAUGCCCCUGCUUGUUUGUUGGUACAGAAAUAAAUGUAUUUGACUGUUAAAUAGUUUUGCUUAAACUACAGCUAUUACAGCAUUAGACCAAGCUGACCUUCUCAUUACUUUAUUUAGGUAUGUGUUGAUAUUGUUUGUUUUGGUUUUCCAGGUUUAAUGAAGAGACUGGAAGAGGAGACAAAGUUCAAUACAUAUUUGGUCUCUGAAAAAUUUCCUAGAGAACUGGAAAUAAAGAAACAGUCGCUGUACUUCUUGCAGAAAGUAGUUGCAGAGCCAGCAAUGGGCCAGUCUGAUCUCAACGAACUUGAAACCAAAGUAUGUUGACAGGGAGAAAGUUCAGUUCCCAUGUUUAAGGGCUCAAAAACAUCUGACGAAUUCAUUUUAGAAGCAGCUAUUUCUUUGUGCAUCUUACUCGCUCCACUCUUCUGGUGGUUGGUCUAUAAUAGCGAUGUCCAACUCCCAAGAGUCUGCGAUCUAAUCCCACUGUAAAAACACUGGCAGUGAUCUACCCAUUGGAUUGAUCAAAGGUGUUGAGCUUUUGGGGGGUGGGGGAGGAAGACUGGUAUAUAACAUGGGACACCUGUUUGCACUCUGCUGGCUGCUGGGUUGUAAGAGACAAGAGCACUUGGAACCCUGUUCACUGCAGGAGUAUCCACCAUGAACAUUUGAAGGUUAUUGUGUCAUAGUAGUUGUGGGGAGGGAAGUGUGUAAAUAACCUGUAUGGCAUCUUUAAUAAGAGGGCAUUAUAGUACUGCUUGCCCCGUCUGAGGCAAACAGAUUAUGUUUUGGGAGUGGGCUGAAUGUAAUUGAACCAUAAUGUAAAAAUGUAUGUGACCAGACUCAGCGUGCUUUUUGCUGGCCUGUUGUCAGAUUUUUGUUAUCCCUCACUACAUCCAUCAAUAUUUUAACUUGUUCUCUGAUUUAAAUCAUAAGGAAAUUGUUUUAACUUUUUUCAAGAAGCUCCAAGGUGCUCACUAAAAUACACAUACAGAUUAUUACUCAAAGCUAAUUAGGAAAUUAUAUUACUUAUUUUGCAUUUCAAAAGGUCAUUUCUUCAAAGCCUUAUGUGUUAGAGUAAUGUCCUCUCAGGGCUUGCAGGAAAAUGGAGAAAUAGGCUCCAUAUAUUUCUGCAAUAAUUUGAAUGCUGAGUGUGAUUGGCAUUCGCAUUGAAGUAAUAACGUACACGGUGCUUUUUUUUUGUUUUAGAUACUAACAUUAUGACUAAUUUGGCAUAAAAUUUAGCAUAGCAAUUUUCCUUCUUAUUGCAGCAUUUGAAAUGUUGAAACCUAGAGCUUGUUAAGGCUUGAUAAUUGACUGCAAUACAGUGGUACCUCGGGUUAAGAACUUAAUUCGUUCUGGAGGUCUGUUCUUAACCUGAGGUACCACUUUAGCUAAUUGGGGCUGCCUCCGCCGCGCGAUUUCUGUUCUCAUCCCGAAGCAAAGUUCUUAACCCGAGGUACUAUUUCUGGGUUAGCGGAGUCUGUGACCUGAAGCGUCUGUAACCCGAGGUACUGCUGUACCGUUUCUUCUGUGUUUGGGGGAAAUCUAAGAAUAGGUAAAACAGAAUACAAGACUUUCACAUAGAUUAUCUUGAAUAAGCUCCAGAUAUGCUCUGACAUUGAUCAGAGAUGUAGUAAGGGAGCUAGGAAGCACACUGCACAUAGACACAACCCAAAUUGGCCCUGUGAGUGAACAAAUCCUUCUCUUUUUUUAUUAGGUUCACUGGGUUUCCCUUCCUUUUGCAGGUGUGCUGAACUUGUGGUGUGAAAGAGCAUAACUGCUCAAAGAUUUUAAAAAGUAGUGAAGUCAGUAUUCUGAUAAAGUUUUUGAGGUUUUCAGAGAAUCACUAGACAAUUAUAAAACAUCUAUAACAUUGCUGUUAAGGCUUCAGUUAUGAGCUAAACUGAUGGCCUCAAAACAUAAAAAUUGAGGUGGGAUUAAUUCCUAUUCAAACUAUUUUUGUUGGUUGCAAAAAACUCGAUACUUUCAGUGGGACUUAAAGCACAAUCCUACGGUCAACUAAAUUCAAGGGGGCUUACUCCCUGGCAAGUGGAGAGAGGACUAUCGCCUUAAGUCACAACUAAUUCUGACUAGAUUGGAAUCCACAUCAUUUGGUGUUCCUCAAACUAUCAAAUAUAUUUUAAAAAUAGAAAUUAGACUUUGAAAUCUAAAAAUAGAUAUGCGAGUCCACCUUUUGGAACCUCAUUUUUAAAAGGCUGAAAUUGAAUAUGCAUCCCAAUCAGAGAUUUUGUGAGCAUCAAGGCACUCAUAAAGUUCCUGCAUUUGUGCGCUUACAUAUCGGUCUGCUCCCUCCACCUCUCGCAAGGGGGGAGGCAGGCAGCGAUCUGUGUGUUUGUGUUCCUUCCUCCAAUUGCACACCUUCAAGAAUAGAUCAGUUUUUGCACCCACACAAGGUGAGACUGGCUGUGCUUUGAUCUCGCUCUAUCAAUAUCCAUUCAUUGGACUUUGGCUUACCCCAAGUUUGGGAAACCCUGAUCUAGGGCAUCCCAUAUACCAGAGUGCUUAGUUGCUUAUUCAUGCCACAUUUUUUAAAUAAGUAUUUUUAAUUAAUUUUUCAUUAAUAACAGUCCAAUGCAGACCACAUUAAUAUAAUACCAAAUCAUACCAAAUCAUAAUACAAUCAAAAGAGCCAUUUAUUCAGUUCCAAAUUAAACAUUUUUGGAUGAUUUUGCGUGUUCAGUGUAUCAGGAGUUGAUGUUAUUCCUUGGUCCUGCUCCAAUUCUCUUAAUUAGUCCAAAUACAACAGUUCCGAUCUUAAUCCUUUAUUUUAGCAGUCGCUGGUGUGAUGACUUUCAUUCAUAUUUAUAUCCUGGGAAUUUAUAUCCUGUAGCUUUCUGUAUGAAAUAUUUGUUUACAUUUGUCCUUUCCUUCAUGUUGUAAUCAGUCAGUCCUCUUCAACAUUACUCCUCCUUCAAGGACUCAAUUAUCAUUACGCCACAGCUUCUCCAUUUUGCUUUCUCAAAACUGAAAGUAUUCCGGUGUCCAGCCGUGACUCCUGGCAGGCUUCCAGCAUUGUCUUCUUUGAUCCUUUCUGAUUGUCUGACAAGCUGGUGUUUCGCCAAAACCAUAAUAAAUCAGAGUUAGAGCCCUCUUUAGAAGGUAAUGUCACAAAUCAUUACAGUAUUUUACACAGUCUAUUUGUUCAAGUACUCCGUAAAGAAAAUUAUAAAGUUCUUGUUGAAUCCCUCUUGCAUUCCAUUUAUAGUUAUAAUUUCAUUCCAUUAGUAAUUAAUUCUUCUUCAUUGAAGGCUUGCCUUUACAACAAAUAUAACGUAAAAAGAGAACAAAGGCUCCCCUUCACUUACAUAGCAAUCCAGUUAUGAGGAAAUCCUCUCCAGAUCAAAACCUUGGCACUCAGUGGCUGAUUCAUUUAGUAGGUUAUCUUGUAUCCUUCAUCCAGAACACGCCCGUUUCUUAAGUCCAAAUUCAGAUCCAUCUUAAAAAACAGAAGUACCUCUGCUCAUGGCGACCACGUUGGAGAGUUUCCAAUAUGUGCAGUGCUAUGCACUCAACGUCCCUGCCCCCGCAUUCCAUCAGAGCGAGAGGCAGUUAUCGGACAAUCUGUGUAAGUUCUCCCCCCUAACCGGGGGGGGGGGGCUUACAAGGCUAAUUACUUUCAGAUUAUCCUUAAUUAGCUGCAUGGCCAGCAUCCGCUAUUGUGGGACCCGCUGUUUGCCAUGGCAUUCCACAUUUAUGUCCUGCUGAUAAUUUUGCAAACAUAAGAGCCCCAACAUUCUGAACUCUCUCUUCAGUGAGGCCCACUUAGCCUCCCCUCUGAUGUCCUUUCAUACAACUCAUCUUAAUUCGUUUCAUCUGUUCUUCAGUUUGAUUUGAUUUGAUUGAUUGAAUUUAUAUACCACACUAUACCCAAAGGUUUCAGGGCGAUUCACAGAACAAAGUCAAAAUAUAUAAUCAAAAUAAAACAACUCAAUAACGCCCCCCAUAUAUAAUUAUACAAGUAUAAUUAUUAUAUAUGUUUUACUGUAUAUGUAAUAUAUGUAGAAAUGCAGGAUAUAAAUUGAAAUCAGAAAGAGAGAAAAGAUCCCUGCUGGAUCAGCUCAGGGCUUUAUCCUGUCCAGCAUCUUGGUUUCCCACAGUGGCCAGCAAGAUGCCCUCUGGGAAGACCACAAGGAGGGCAUAAAGGCCAUAGCAGUAGGAACACUCAUGUGACUCAUGGUAACAGAUCCCCUGUCAGGCCUUGAUUUAAUGUAUACUAUUGUUGUGUAUGGCACUUCAAGGACUCUUUUGCAACAGAACUGCCUAUGCACCAACUGAAUGUCCAGGAAUAGACUUCUGGGGGUUAUCCCAGGAUACUUCUGGGCUUCCUGGACAUUAUCCCAGGGCAUCCAUUUUAUAUUCAUGAACUGGAGCUGCAAAUGUCCCUUUCACACAAUGUCUUCAUUCAUGAAACUCCAAAAGAAUACAAAGUCCUUAGCAAUUGUAUAUUAACUCAAAGUCUUUUGUGAGUUCAUUCCAAAUAAGUUUUCCCCAUCUUUGGGUGAAAUAGUUGAAUGCAUUUGUCAAAAGAGGUGUGGGUAUAAUGGCCCAGUUUGCACGUCACGUCAAGCUGUAAUUAAACUAAACUAGUGCAUCCUGCUGAAACUGCAGAUACUUUGCUUCUUCCCUGCUUCUGCAACUGCCAGGAAACAAUCUGCAGUCUGGCUUGUUUUGUUGUUUGAACAGGGGCUCAUGGUUUGUGUUUUUCUCCAAACAAGCCAAGGUUUGUUCUUUGCUUGGGGGAUGCAAACUACAGUCCAGCUUCAGAUAAUGCAACAGAAGGAGUGCAGAAAUAGUGAAGCACCCACGAUUUCAGCUGUUAUAACUGUGGUUUAACGUGAUGUGCAAACCAGGCCAACAGAAUUCUAUACUUGCUCUGCACUGAUAUUGGAAGGGGAAAAUAAGCAGCUCCUAUAUGAGGAUGUUGAUAUUUAGAAAUCUUUCAUGUGCAAAGCCAUGAGCCUCUGAGAGAACUCAUUUCCAAGGUCUGUGUCAUGAUAUGGUCUCAAAAUCUUGAGACAUUCCUGCAGUACAGCAACUUUCAGAGGGAUAGCCAUGGUCUUUGUUUUGCAGCAAAACCAGCAAGGAGUUUUUGCUAUUUGCAUCCAAACUGGAUGCCUAAAGCAGCAGCCUAGUGAGCGAGAGUGAAAUGGAGUAGCUCUGUCCUUGCUCUGAUUUCUUUUAUUUUAACAAGUGUCUUGAUUUAUAUCCAGCCAUCCCACAGGGUUCAGGGCAGAUUACAGAAACGGGCUGUGAAAGAGGAGCAUCUGUGUCUUUUCAAAGCACAGUUAAAUCGCAAGAAAUUGUUCUGGGGAAAGAAAGAGCCUGGAAUUUUAGACGUUUAGUCUAGUUAUUAAUCGUGACUGAAUGAAAAGUUCACAGAGAGAAACACUUUGCAGAGUGGGUCCACCAGCGUCUUUGCUUUUUGGCUCAGAGAGUUUGCUUGCUAAUAAGGAAUUUAAGCUUUUGGACUGGGAGGCUGAAGGGAAUGGUGAUAUUUAAAUAAAUAAGGAGUAAUUGCUAAUGACAUGUUUCCAGACACCCUGUGUGGUUUUGGAAAAGUCGUGGAGCUGCUUUUUUAAAAAUUAGAUCUGAUACUGUGCUUGAAUCCAUUAUUGACGUUUGAAGCAAUUUCUGGAAGUCUCUUCUGUUGCAGAGCAAUAAAAAUGACAUAAUUUUGCAUUGGCUGUGAAAACCUUUUCUCAGAUGACAAGCGUUCUUCGUGUUUUAAUCUAUAUUUCAGAUAAAUGAGGUCAACAUACAAAUCAAUCAGUUGAUUGAGAAGCGGAUGAUGAAAUAUGAACCAAUCGAUAGUAAAUUUUCAAUGUAUCGACAACAGGUGAGAACAAAGUCUUCUCUAAAGAGAAAUGUUAUUUUGAAAAAUCAUUUAUUUAUUAUUUAUUGCAUUUAUACACAGUCCUUCAUCUUAAGAUCUCAGGGUGGUUCACUUACCUUAUCGUGAGCAGCCAAUUGCCUGUGAGACUUUGAAUUUUGCUUAUAUUUUGAUUUACAAAUUUGAGGAUCAACCCAUCUAUAUAAUGUGAGACAGCUCCAAAGUCAGUGGUCAAAAUGGACUUGGACUUGGGUACAUUAAAAAGGUGGACUUGGGUACAUUAAAAAGGUAGGAUAUCUGGUUGGGAAUGUGACCUGCAGCAUCUUGUUUAAGUGAGUGAUGUGUUACAAGGUUAAGAAUGCUACAUAAUGUGCUGGUACAAGAGACCAGCUGGCUCCUAAUAUAAAGUGCUGACGUCCCUUGGAUGAGCCAUUCCAGGAAUUCAGAGCGCUUCCCUUGGUCAAUAACAUAUGGCAGACUCCUCUCAGCUCCACAGGGCACUGUCGUCGGCUUCACAAGAUCACCCCAUAUGUUUUUAACACAAUUUGUCACCAUGGGCUAGUUUGGAGAAGUGAAAGGCUUGGAUACCGUAGAGGCUGAAUCACCAUAGAUAGGCUAUAGAAAGCUUUUUAAUCCGGUGAGUGGAGGCUGUUCUCAAAAACUGCCUACACUAUUGCUGUAUAAUCCAUGUUUUAAAUAAGAAAAAACAGCAGGCUUGUGUUUAAUUUUUAGAACUCUGUAACAUAAUCCGAAGCUAUAUGUUUGAACUGCAGCCUUUUGGUUCUUGCUAUAGUAUAGAAAUGCUCUGGAAAGUAUUAUUCUGUUAAAAGCAACACUCAAAAUGCUGCAUAAAAGGAAAUAAUGGAUUGUGCUGUUUUAAAAAUUAUUAUAUUUAUCCCAAGGAGGCCUGAAUGAAAUAAAAGCAUUCCUCUUUCAUUAUAUUAUCUGUCGCCACUUAAAUUGGAUUCUGUAUUUCCCCCGUCUGUAUGAUGACCUAAUAGAGUCCUGCUAAUGGGUGGGGGGUGAUGGGUGGGGGCAUAGCGCAGUAGGAGAGUGCAUGGUUUGCAUGCAGAAGGUCCCAGGUUCAAUCCCUGGCAUUUCCAGUUAAAUGCUGCAAGCUGCCUUGUGCAAUUGUGUAAAGACUGGAUGGAAAUGUUUUAGAUAAAUAAAUGAUCUUAGGUAACGGGUGCAAAAGACCUCUGGAAACUGUUGUCCAUCAGAAUGCUAAUGCAUGGUGAAAUAUUAAUGUGUUCUCUUAAAAUUGCCACUCCUACCAUUUUCAGGAACUUUGUUCUUAUAUUUGUCUGAUGGAGAAAUGGGGUGAGAAUCUCUAAAUUAAAACUACAACAGUUCAAAAUAAUAAUACAAUGUGUAUCCCUCUGGCUCUAAUACCCAAACUUCUAGACUAUAUGAUUCAGAAUUAAAAAUGUGACUGUUUUCAAUGUCUUAAGCAACAUUUGUUUCUAUUUUAGAAGUCUUAUCAAAUAUGCCUUGUAACGUGGAUACAGACUUUUUUUCAAUUUAUUGGUGUUUUAUGGGUCUGUUCUGCUUUAAUCUGUGUCCUGUGUAUUUCUAUAGCUUGUUGAAGGGCUAUUCUAUAAAAAUCCACAUUAAGACACUGUUGAAAUAACUGCAGGAUCUUUAUCUUCAUUGCUACAGUUUAAAAUCCUUAAUUUUUGAAAAUGAACUAAAGGAAAUCAUCAGAUGUGGCUGCCGAAGUAGAAUGCUUGGCCAAUGGUAAUCUGAUUCUUAACUGCAGCAUAGAAGCCGCAGAACAUGGCUGAGGGCACAUAAUGCAGCCACCUUGCAAAAGCUAAGCAGGUCUGGUCUGGGUCUGAUUAGUGCCUGGAUGAGAGACUGCCUGGGACUCCUAGGUAUGCCUCUCAGAAUUCUGUGAUGGCAGAAAUAAAGUUUUUUUAAAAAAAUUAAGUGGCACAGUUGCCACUUACCCACACCCGUGUUGAGGAGGAAUUAUUUCUAAGUAGCAAGGCAGCAAAGUCCUUUUACAGGAAGGGGGGGAAUCUGUUUUCCUUCUCCUUUUGAGGUUAUUAUGUGUCUGAAGUACCUAGUGCAGCUACAUGAAGGUAAAGCAGACUUUGUUCUAAUCCAAGGAUUUAGUUUCAAGUCUGUAUUGUAUGCUGGCAUCUCAUGCCUUGAACGUUUCCACUCUGCCCAUUGUGCUGCCCUACCUGGAAUGUUUCAACUUGCCGUGUGCUGCAAUGAUGAUUGAUAAACAUGACCCAACAGGCCUCCAUCAUUUCCCGGAAGAAGGCAGCCAAGGCCGAAGAGCUUCAGGCUGCCAAGGAAGAGCUGUCCAACCUAGAGAAGCAAAUGUUGCAGAAGUCAAGCCAAGCCCGGGAACUGAAUGGGGCUGAAGUCUUGAAAGGGGAUGAGGUAAGUGCAGGGUCAGGGUGAGUGAGGAGAGAAAAUGUGAAAGCUUGCACAUGUGUCUUGAGCUUAUUGUACAUACAGCCUCCAUUCCAGCAGUUACUGCUUGGGCAGCCAGUGUGGUUGAAUAGGCUACUCUGGGAAAGCCUCUCAGAUCAAAAGUGAUUUGUCACACUGCCUCAGCAGCUGAUGUUGGAGAAUUGUAAACCAAAAGCCCCCAUCUGCAUCCAGAUGUCUUGUCAUGCUUUUGUCUCUUGGCCUCCGUGUGUAACUGUUACAGUGGAUCCCAUUAACUCCCAAGGACAACUGAAUAGCACACACCAUUUUGGCACACACCAUUCUUACAUUUCAGGUUUGACAGACUGGUCCCUUACUAUUUUAUUUCCAUGCUUUUAUGUCACCUUUAAGGCCCUCUUAAAGUGGCCCAUGGGAGCCACGUGCAGCUCGCAGGCAGCAAACAGAGAUGCUCUUAUUGCCUCCCUUUCUGCUUUUACUGCAGCUCUACAUGGGUCUGGGAAAACUGGGAGCAGGCAGAAGUAGCAUCAGCCAUUUGUGGGGCUCCACAGUCUUUGGGUCUGGGGGCCAUGAGAUACUGUGGGAGGAAAGGGUAAGGAAAAGGUUGGGAGAGGUUAAGAAGCAAGACUUUCAGGCGGACAGUUCAAGGAAGAGGCAGCAGUCACAGUAGCUCUUGCUGAAUGCAAAGAACUUAAGCAUAGAGUUUUGGCCCUUCCCCUGCUGCAUUAUCUUCUCUGAAGUAAAGGGCACUAUUCCCCAUACCAAAUAUGGCUUCAGCAGCCAGUCUUUGCAACCUAAGACAGCUAGAUGACAAGCCCUUGAGAUAAGAGUCUUUAAAGGAAAAUGACAUUCUGGUUUCAACACCUAAUCCUGUUGCAAAUCCACUAUUUCCUAUUAUUCCAUAAACCCAAGACUGUUUUUUUUAAUCCUCCUGGGUAGUAUAAGCUUCACACUUAACCUUUGUUUUAGUCAAAUUUGAAAGCAGACAAUCAUAACAUUCCUGCUAUGCAAAGCAGUGAUUAAUUACUCAGCAGCAGGGUGUUGCAAGAGAGAGAGGGAGAACCACAAACGCUUUGUCUUAUCUGCUGUUAGUUCAGUGUAUUGUAAAGUACAUAAAAAAUGUUCCACGUUGUCAAUGCACCUGACGGGAACAAUCUGUGAAGUAGCUAAACUGUUAAGACCCACAACAACGGUGGAACAGGAAACUGGUGAGCUCAUGGCUGUGCUGCAAUGUGGAGUAAGGCAAGGAGGGGGAAGAGCAGGCAGGCAGGUUCAAAUACCUUCUAACUUCCAUCAGUUUGGACCUAGGAGGUUUUCUACAAAAGCUUAAGAAGAGCUCUGCUGGCUCAGACCAGAGGGCUGUCUUGUUCAACAUCUUGCUUCCAAUGCUGGCCUACAGGAGGCCCACGAGAAAGGCAGGAAGGCAAUAGGCUUCUCCCAUAUUGCCUCCAGAAGCUGUUGCGGAGGUUCCAUAAAGCCACUGAUAGGCCCUACUCCUCCAUUAAGCUGUUGGUCCCCUUUUAAAGCCAUCUAAGCUACUACUGGCCAUCAGUCACCACAACUCGUGGAAGCGAAAUCCAUAAAUUAAUUGUGUGUCUGUCUUGAAUCUCCAACCAAUCAGUUUGAUUGGAUGACCCUGAGUUCUCGUAGCAUGAGAAAGUGGCAGACACUCUUAUCUGCACUCACUGUGCACAAUUUUAUAAACCUCUCAUGGCCUCCCUGCCAUUGUUUUUUCUAAAUGAAAAAGAGGACCCCAGCAGCCUACCAUAGUUUCACGUUCACUGCUGUUUUGAGAAAACACCACGGAUGGGUUUGGCACAUGUUCGAGUUUAUUUUUGAGUUAACAUGAUAAACUUCAUUUUGCACCUUCUCCAUAGUUUUAAACCUCUAAUGAAGUUUUAAGCACUCGAAGCUCUUGAGUGCUUAAAAAACAACAACCAUGAAAGAGUCUUGUUAAAUUAUAAAUGGUGCUGAGCAUGUGACUGGGGAGAACUAACACUAGCAUAGUGGAUGCCCCCUUGCAGUGGUUUUGAGCUUCCCUGGCUGUCUGACCAACUGCUAUAGAGGACAGCAUGUGCUAAACUGGACACCCUUUUGGUCUGAGGUGGUGGUGGGGGGUGAUCCUGGGAUGGCCUUUAUACCACUUGGUUCCUAAUUUCUGUGUCCCUAAUACUUUGGAUGUGGUGCUGGAGAUCUUAAUUAAUUGUUAUUUGACCUGGUUUGCUAUGUCUUUGCCCACCGCUCCCUAGGUUUGGGUUGCUGUAUCCCCUUGUGGCCUGGCCCUCACUCACUCUGGCACUCAGAUGAGUUAAUGCCUUCUCUCCCUGGACUCUCACAUACCAGCAAUCAUAUCCUCAGUUGAGGUCUUAACACUUCAUCCACAGAAAGGUCAACCCUGGCUUAUGUUUUUACUUGCCGGCAUGUUGCUUUCUCCUCUAACGAUGCAGAGGAACACACUCCAGUCCUAUGAGGGCCGACGUUUGCACAGCUGGCUGGAACUGACAAGCUAACAGCAGGAGAUAGCUGGUGUGUGUUUAGUAGAAACCGCAUAGAAGUCAGGGGGUAAAGUUGUCUGUUGCAAGAGAAGAAUAUCAUGAAAGAACCUGAGAUGCUAUUUCAAAAAAGCAAAAGAAACGCAGACAAUGCUGGCACGCUUCUCCCUGCAGCUGUCAGAUCCUGAAAAUUAGAGAAUCACAUUCCAGCUCUUAGAAGGGUAGGUGGUUCAAUUACAAGUGAUCCUAGGUAAACUGGAUAUAUUUUUAGCUCCCUUUCACAGCACAUUGUACUCUUUUAAAAGCUGAACACGGGUUUGGGGGAGCCUAGAUCUCUCCCCCCGCCCGACUUCCUCAGCAUGCUGGAUGGAACAAAAUCAAAGUGGUAUUAAUCUCACAGAAACUAUUUGGCUGUCAGAUGAGCGCAGCAGGAUGAGUGCCAAAGGAUCCGGUCCAAUGGCCAGCAAGCUCUAGCCUAGUCCAUUUCAGAGUUGGACACCAAGCAGAUACUGAAGUCAGAGGGAUGAGGGGGUGGCUGUGGGCAGUCCUGGUGAGAUUAGGGCCCUGACUCACUCUCGGUCAGAAGGAAAGCUGAAAGCACAGCAGGGGAGAUGGAAGGCUGGAAGGUCCAGAUGGCAACAGAGAGAGGGAUAGGCAACUUGGGCAAGGUAGUUUUCACUUGGUGCAGGCUGAUAACAUGGACCAAAUACUUGGAGGUGCCAGAGAUGCCACUUGCCUGCUGAAGCCUUGCCUCUCCUGUCUGAUUAGUGGCCAGAUAAGGCAGAAGAGAUCAUGAAGCCCUUGCUGGGAGAGCCUGAGGUCCCCACUGUUUAGGCAGUGAUUAGACAUCUGUUGAAAAAGCGCUCCUUGGACAUCACUGAACUUAAUAGUUAUCCAGUCUCAAAACAGCUUUCAGGGGAGCAAGGUAUAUGGUGAAGGUCUAACUCCAAAGUGUUUUUGGGUUAUACCAAUUCUCAGUCUGGUUUCAGACCCAGUUUCAGAGCUGAAUAGCAACAAAUUCUUGGUCAGAGUCCUGCCUUUCUGCCUUUUGGCUAUUCAUUCCCUUUUGCCUGUAACUGAAGUGCAUAAUUGUGCGGGGGGGGGGGGGGUUGGAAUGCUGCAAAAGCCUCUCAUUAUUUGCCCUGGAACAAAGGGAUGGGGGAGUCUUUUGUGCCAAAGUGAGUCAGUGGGCAGAGCCACUGUUGCUAGUCCUUCAGCCUGUUCAAAAUAGGCUCCUGCUUUGGGAGCUGGGGUGGAGAUGACAGUGCCAUCCUAUAUGCCUACUGAGAAGUAAGUCUCAUUGUUUUAAAUGGCGUUUACUCAUUUAAGUGCAUCAGAGGUGGACCUAGGCUCCCCUGGCAAGAAGCUGUAUUGGUUCUCCCUGUCCCUUGUGCUCUUGCCAGAGGAGAAUGCGCACGUCACCUGGCUACCUGGCCUGGCCUGGGGAGCAUGUGGACAGGUGGAUGGACUCCUAGCCACUCAAAGCCAGAGUGGAGAGGCCUGGUUUUUGCACCACCCUGGCUCUUCGCCCUUGGCAGCCAUCAACCUAGCCAACCUCCUAGGUUGGAUUGCAGCCACAGACAGUCACCUGACAUACAGCUAUAGAAGCCAGGAACUUUUGAAGCAAGGCAUUAACUGUCAGUGAAGUCAAACUUACGGUGUGGCUCAGGUGUAAAAUGUGGCUUAGCACACAUGAAUGCUCUUGGAGCACUCACUCGAAUGGAUAAAGCAUUCAUCUUGCUCAUCUGCGGCUUUCCACCAAGAACUAAGAAGGCUUUUUCCAGUUUGAUUGAGUGUAUUGCAGAAUAAAUAGACUGGUCUGAAUUACUAAAGAUGCUGCUGCCCAGAGCAUGAUUGACGUUAUACACACACAUAACUAUACUUUAUCUCUCUGGAUUGUAAUUGGUUUUAAACGGUUUUUAAUUCCUUAUUUUUAAAUUGUUGUAAGUCACCCUCAGAUUAUAUGGUAAAGGGCAUGAAGGAAACAAACAAAUUUUAAAUAUAAUUAUUAAUAAUUAUUAAAUUUAUAUACUUCCCUUCACCCAAAGAUUACAGAGUGGUUCACAACAUAAAAGUACAAAACGAGAACACAAAAUGCAUAAUAAAAGAAGAACAGAAACCAGCCAACCAGCGUGCCAGGCUGUGUCAUGGGUCAUGGUUGUCUACUGGGAAUCUGCCCACAGCUGCAAGUGAUGUCCCUUCAGGGGACAUAUCCAGACCAGGUGCUGGUGGUUCUUCUAAGGAGACCUCAGGGCAAUUCUGAACCUGGGCAUUUCUUCACUACAGGUUUAGGGUGGACUCCAGUUCAUGUAUAAAAACAUGUGGCUAAAGCAAGCCUUAUGGGUGGAAUCGGAGAGUGCCUUCUCACAAGGCUGCCACUGGAGGUGUACACCAGCAAGAGGUGCCUGGUGCCCCUUAAGGUGACACUUAAUUUCCCAAAAGUACUGGACAUUUUGAAGCUCCAGAGCUAUUUCAAAACAUUUUUCUUCCUUUAAAUAUGGGACAUUCACUUAGGUUUCCCUGGUGAUUAAUAGAGAUGUACUUUAAGUUCUGGAUUAAGAGAGAAGUCUUUACUAUAAAUUAAAAGACAUUUGUCAUCCCUGGCCCCAGCCUGGCCAAACAGGAGCCUUAGUCAUGUGUGGCCCAGAAACAGUUUCCCUAAUACUGAUAUUUUAAAAUGGCCCGAAUGGCCUCUCCUACAAGACAACCGCAGGAUAUUUUUCUUCUUCAGUAGAAGUCAGCUUCUCCACAAGCAUUAGGGGGCAGCCAGGAAGCUGCUUAUGCACCCCCCAGACCUCACUGAAAUGGGUGGGGCUUUUCAGCUCCGUAACUGGGAAUGGAAGUGGCUGUAAUAAAUCAUACCCCAAAAUGGCUGUCCAAGAUGAGAUCUGUGAUAUCUUGCAAAUGGCUGUUGAGAGCUUGUCACAGCCAGAGAUUUGCUUAGACUAAAUGUUUUUAACUGCUUGGGAUUGUCUGUAUUGCAUUAAUUGGACUGGCAGGAAGAUUGGCCAUCUGCUCCAUCAUCUUCAAUAUAUAUCUUUUGCAAACAUUUUUCUAUGGCAUCCUGCUGAGGCAGUUAAAGAGAGUCUCACAGUAUCUAAUUAAGAAUGUUCUCAGGAACCUACAUUGACUUAUGUAUUUCUUUUAAAAAAUGUUUUCCCUUUGUGUUUCCAGGCUUAUUGAUUCUUGUGUUUUGCUCUCCUCCUUCCACAAUGGUGGGCAGUCCAGGGCUAUCAUAGAACAGGAGUGGGGAGUCUGUGGCUCUCAUCACCCCAACCAGUAUGGAAGUUGCAGGCCAGCAACAUCUGGAGGGCCACAGGUUCCCUCCGCUCUUUACACUCUGCAGUUCAGAGGGUGGGUUUCCUUUGGGGAAGGGUGUACCAUAAAUAAAUGAACCAUCUUAAUAAACACCUUUUGCUUCUCCAGACACAGAACAGGGCAAGCAGCAGGAAACCACACAGGCAGGAACAGUUUAAUGGCAGGAACCUCCAGCCUGCAAUCCAAGUGCAGCCCCCGCUAUGCCCCUGUAGCUGACCAUUUCAGCUCCCUCCAGGCCGUGUCCCCCAUCAGCCCUGCUCUCUGCCUUCCACCCGCCAGGUCCUUUGCCAGGCUGGAAUGUGCCUUUGAGCCCUUGCUUCCCUGAAAGCAGAAAUGUGGGGAGGGGGGUGAGAGACCACUAGCUUCUGUGUGACUGGAAGGAAGCCUUCCCACUUUUGCUUCCAGCUCCGCCCACCACUACUGGCAUGUGGGGAGAGUUUCCUGCAGGAGAACGAACCCCUCAGGGUGAAAAGGUUUCCCCACCCCUGCAAUGUCAGUUGAGCAACCAAAAUUCCAGGCCAGUUUAUUGCCAAAGGAUUUCCCAGAACAGAUGUUAAUUAUUAUUGUUAUUUUAGGAGUGAUGGGAGCACUUCCAUCUUAGCAGUUCACUUGCGCAAGAAUUGAUCCUGCACUUGUUCAGGUAAAACUGGAAGGAUUGAGGCAGUCAGCUCCUCCCUUUCUUUAGCAGCAAAGGAAAUGUCCUAAUGCGCACAUCCUAGCAAAGGAAAAGAAUUCUUAAAACAAAAUGAUUCUUUCAUGGCAAGGGAUUGAAGCCGUGAAAGGAGGUGGUCUUGUUUUGUGCUUACUUUAUUUAAAGGGCUAUUUGAGUGUUCAUGUUGCUGCAGAAAGGAGGUUAACACCUCCACCACCACCAGCGCUGAAAGCUGUCAGAUGGAAGAUACAUGUUCGGGGUUGAUGCCCUCAGUGGGUGCCUGUGAUUGCCCCACAACAACACACAGUAAUGAGAGAACAAUCACACUUGAACAUCUGCCUCCAAUUACUUUGUGAAUGCCAGAAGUACAACAGAGCAGGAAAGGCCCCUUCAAGAUAGUUCCUCUUGUGGAGUUGAACUUCUUUGGUAUUCAAUCAAAACCUUCGCUGUGUGAUGCUUUGUUUUGCAAAGCCCUCUUUUCUUUGCUAUGUAAAUAACAUCUCUGUUCUCACUGCAGUUUUGCUUUGUCAUGACUUCCCUGUACUUUUAUAAUCCUCUCUUUCCUGAGAAGACAGCGUGAUAGAUGCUUGUUUUACAUAAUGGUUUCAGUUGUUAGCGGCUGUGGCAGGUUUAGACCCACACUUCGCCAAAAUGUCAAGCAGUCCGGCUGCAGGGAAGACUUUGUAAUACUGUACUUGCUCAGUUCAACCAUUUGGUUCAGCUGGUUGGAAGACCUUUAGGCCUCACUUUCUUCUCGCUCUGUAAGCAGAAUGGACUUGAUCAGGCAGUACUUUCCCCGCUCCUCACAAUCUGUCAGCACAGUAUUCCUUUCCCUUUGAAAGUUGUCCCUACCACUUGAUUCCCCAGGAUGUGCAGUGCUGAGGAAGUGGCCUCAAGUCUGAGCAUGCUCAGAAGCAGUUUGGCUCUCCAGGGAAGAGGGAGGUCCACAGUGCUGGCUGAUAACCCUUGGAGUGCUGGCUUGGAAGGCAGGAGGCCAAUAGUGGAUGGAGGCAGAGCCAAGGCCAGCUCCUGCACCCCAAUCCUUCUCCCCGUGGAGCUCCUCAAGGGCAAAAGACUGUGGAGCUCUCAGCUAGCGCCACUCCCUGGACGGGUUGUAAGUAAGAAGGCAGUUAGGUGGGGACUGGCCCAACCCCCCGCAAUGUAGAAAUCUGUUGCCCAACGUGGGGCUUGAACCAAUAACCCUGAGGUUAAGAGUCACAUGCUCCACCCGCUUAGUUAUACCAGCAUUUACUUUUAGUGUAUUUUAUAGUAUCAAGUGUUUCUUUUUUUAAAAGUAAAACUUUAUGCAAAAGUAGUUGUGUGUGUGGAAAAACUGGAUUCAGUGACCUGUAUAAAUUAUGUGAUUGUUGCAUUAUGUGUCCUUUGUUUACAUCAUUAUUUCUGCUUUUGCCAAUCCAUGUGGGGCAACUCCUGCCCGGAGCACUGGAAACUCAACAGAGCCCCUGCCUGGCUUUGAAGCUUUCAUCAAGGCUUUGGCUGCACACUAUCAAACCUGUCACUAUACAUGUGUAUAUGCAAGAGAGUUGCUUGGUUUUCUUUAAAAAAAAGGAAAGCUGAGGUUAUCAGGAUGCUGAAUUCUGCAGGCAAGAUCAGAUUCAACAGGGCAAUCAGCAUCCGUCUGACUUUCAUAGGUAAACAACCCAGUGACUCACCUAUGGCAAGUCAGAAUCCCCUCAGGCAGGGAAACUUUUGUUAAAUGGAAGUGAGUUGGUUCCUUUUUUCUUUUCUUUUAAGACCACCGAAGUGCCAUUUUAGGUGUGCGUGUGCAAGCAACUUAUUACCAAGGUUAUCACUCCUAGGUGGGCAAUAUAGGCCUCUCUCUUUCAAAUGCUGUUGCUGGACAGGGGGGCCUUUUAUUCUCUUAAGCAAAAAACAAACAUCUGCUGGGGAGAUUCCUGUGCAAGCCCCACUGAAAUGAGCAGAGCUUCCACAGCAGCUGUGCUUUGGGGAUCCACACCCUGCCAAAACCUGGAAUGAUCAUGCACUUGUUUUCUUGUGUGACUUCUGUGACCUUGUCCUGAGCCUUGGCACAGCAGAAAAGAAUGUUCUUAAAGGUACACAUAGCCUGGUCUGCGUUGAACACACACUGAGCAAUAGGUGGGUUUGUUCUUUCACUAAGAAUGUCCAGUGUUUGGCUUUAAAAAUAGUUGCGGGAGCACAGCAAGGUAGACAAAGCAUCACCGCCCUGCACAGGAUGGCAGAUGAUCUGGGCUGAUUUCAGGAUGGGCUCUUUGCCUGCAACGCUAUUUAUAGAACAUACACUUACUCUGGGGGGUCUCAGACUGCCAAUGAUGGCAGCCUUUAAGCAUUUGUUAUUUAAAAGCAGCACAAUUUUUUACUUAGAAAGGUUACUUAUAUCACAGAUUUUUAAAAAAAGAAAUGUAGUUUCCUUUUUUGAAAAAAGGUUGUUUUGGUAUUGGUAUGUACAGGAGAUACAUACUUAAUAGAGAGGAAGGCCGCCCCAAAACAUUUUGACGGGGUGUAACAGUGUGUGCUAAAUCUAACUUCCUCAUAUUUCAAAGGUCCCUGUUAUCUCUCAUUUCAGUUUAAGCGAUAUGUUAAUAAGCUUCGGAGCAAAAACACGCUUUACAAAAAGAAGCGCCUGGAUAUAGCAGAAAUUACAGCUGAGUACGGCAUCCUGCAGAGAACAGAGGAGCUCCUAAAACAGCGCCACGAGGAUAUCCAGCAGCAGCUGGUAAUGGGCCAUUCUGUCUUCCUGUCCAUACUGCGAAAUGCAGGUAGCCAGGAUGAAUCUUCUAGCUUCAAGCUCUUCCUGCAAAGCCAAGCAGGCCAAGCCUGGGGUUGUUCCAGCACCGCCAGGGCACUAAGUGCUUUACACAAUGCAGGGGGGGAGAGCUUCUUGCCCCAAGGAACCUACAGUCAAAAAUGCAGCAUGGGAGGGGUGGAGAUAGGGGGGAAAGAUUCAGCUGUGUCAGUUACAUGUGUUCAGGCUCCACAGGAAGGGUGGAUUUUGAGGAAGGAUUUGAAGGAAGUUAGAGAGGCAGCAUCCAAAGCAUUUUGGGAGGCAGUUCCAAUCGCGCAGAGCAGCAAAGGAGAAAGGGGGGGGGGAGGGAGGGAGCACCCACACAUUUGUUUGAGAGAUGUGUUUUCAUGAUCAGACUGACAUUUACACUUGUGUUGUAAACAAUGUUAAGUGAAGCCUUUGGUUUAGGUUCAGUAUUUUAGCAUUGGCUUUGAGACAGUUCUAAUGACAUGUGCUAGACUUUAUUGUAUGUUAAAAGAAGUUAUGUACGUGGUAUCUCAGUUCUAGCAUGUUGUUAUUCAAAAGCUGAAAUUUUGCCUUGCUUUUAAAAAAUUGAAGUGGCUUCCUCAUGCACAUUGACCUGGUGUACACGUAGCGCUAAGCUUCAGGAACCCACACAUUCCCUCUUUUGCCCUAAGCAGCAGUUUGGUUUAGUUUUAGACACAAACUGGGCCACUGAAGUCAGUGAAGAUACAAUCAUUGCAGGAACGCUCAGUGCCCAAUGCCCUUCUCACAGCCCACUUCCAUGGCUUCAUGUCUUUCUUCUGUCACUCGCUUUGUUAGAAAAUUGCUUUGGUGUAGAGAUGGGCCCUUUCCCUAAAGCUACUCAUAUUUAUAUCCAUUAAAAGAGAAGCUGUAGCAAAAUAUGGAAACCCAUGUAACCAAGUGUGUAUUUUGUUUUCUUCCCCGCUCAGUAAAACAUUUUAUUUCUUCUGAAACAAAGCAGAACAGGCUGCAAGUGAAGCUGUAAGAUGAUAAUAAGUGUUGUCCCCCAUUUCUUGAUCAAACAUUAUUAAUCCGUGUGUGGAAGACAUGGCUUAGUAAAUAAAUAACAACCGCACACUCAGAAUUAUUUCAUCCUCCACAAAUUAAAGUAAUGGAUGAUUGCAAAUGCACCUGGUUCUUUAGAAGCUCCUCUAGGCGAUUUAUGCAAAGAUGCCCUUUAAGGAGAGGUGUCUUGCCACAGCAGCUGACCUGUUCUUACUGAUUUUUAUAUAGUUUAGUUCAGGGGUAGUCAACCUUUUUAUACCUACCGCCCACUAAUGCAUCUUUCUUGAUGGUAAAAUUUCCUUACCGCCAAGGAGUGCUCAAUGGAAGGAGGAUUCAGCUUGUGCUGUAGAACCCCCUACCGCCCACCUAGAAUCCUGAAACACCCACUAAUGGACGAUAGGGACCAGGUUGACAACCCCUGAUUUAGUUAAUCAGAAAACAAACUAGGCAGUCUGUCAGAUGGUGGUGGUGGUUGCUUAUGAGUAACUAGGCAGGACUCCGACCUGUCUUUUACAGGUUUUAUUGUGCAAACUAUAUACGGUGCAGAUCUCCAAAGUUCAUGUCCGUCUUAGUCACUUGUAGAAUCUGGGAGUGGCCCCUUCCAGCUUCUCCCCCAACAUAAGAACUUAGGCACCCCAAGCCUUCGCCUCCCCUCCUUGCGUUUCACCCCGGAAGUGGCGUGCGUCCCUCCUGGCCAGCCUGGCUAGGUGAGGCACUGGGGCUCUCCGCAGCAUCCUCGAGCCCUCUCCUCACUUGGCUGGCCCCUUCCCCUCUUCUCCACUGGAGGGGUGGCUUUCCCCACCUCUGGAAGAGGAACUGCUUCUCAGGAUUUUUGGAGGCUCUCUGUAUCCCAACGGCCCCCCACCUCCCUCCCCUGUUCCGAUGCCAGUCCCCUGACACAGUCUUUACUAUUUAUUGGUUGCAAUUCAGAAUCUGUUUGCUUGUCUGCUGUCAGAACGUAUACUCAGAAAUGUCUUUCUUUUUCUAUGCUAACAGCAAGCAAUUGAAGACAAGAAGGGUAUCUCUGGAUACAGCUAUACACAGGAGGAGCUAGAGAGAGUGUCAGCCGUGAAGAGCGAAAUGGAUGAAAUGAAGGGUCGGACUCUGGAUAACAUGUCUGAAAUGGUGAUUUUACUCCCCUGUAUUUAAAGGCUCUCUUGGAAGGAAGGGUGUUGUCUGUUUGAAUCUUACCACCACCCUGCAAGAUCUACUUUGGCAGACCGGCGUGGCUGUGGGUAUACUGGUGUGCCAACACUGCUUGUGCUGGGAAUAUGGCCAGUCUCCAUUUAUCACAUCUUAGUUGAUCUUUCCCUCUCCAUUUGUCUUUCUAAUCUUCCUUUGCCGCCCCCAGUGUUUCCAGCUUUCUUGCUAUGCUGUUAAUAACAUAUUCAUGUGAUGUGUUUCCCUCCCAUAAAACAGGUGAAAAAACUGAAUGCUAUGGUGGCUGAUAAGAAGUCAAGCCUUGCUCCAAUUAUCAAAGAUUUAAGGCAGUUGCGACAGAAGUGUCAGGUGAGUAGAGGGGACUUGAAUUUUUUUGUUUUUUGUUUGUUUGAACAAAUGGUUUGGGCUGAUUACAGUGCGACAAGAUUUCUCCCAACGCCUCUCCUGCAGUUCUGCCUGUAUGGCAGUAAGUGGCUCAGAGCCUCCCCCUAAGUAAUGCUCCACACUAUCUGUGGCUAGAUGCCUCUAUCGUAUAGGCCAAAAUGUACAUUUGGGGGAGAUGAUCAACUGCAUCUGGUGUUUUCAGUUACAGUGGUACCUCGGGAUGCGAACGGGAUCCGUUCCGGAGCCUCGUUCGCAUCCUGAAUAGAAUGUAAGAUGCAACUGCACCUCUGCGCGUGCGCAAGUCGCGUUUUGCUGCUUCCGCGCAUGCGUGUGACAUCAUUUUGAGCAUCUGCACAUGCACAAGCGGCGAAACCCAGAAGUAAUGCGCUCCGUUACUUCUGGGUUGCCGUGGAGUGCAACCCAAAAGCACUCAACCUGAAGCACAUUCAACCCGAGGUAUGACUGUAUUUUAAAGUGUUUCUUCAAGUGUAAACCUCAUUGGAAAAAAUAAUAGUUGAGUGAAUGUUAUUAUUUACUUUAAAAAAACCUAUAUUCCACUCCUACAUUGGACUCCCAGGGAUCCACCAUUUAGUAUGCUCAUCAUGUGCUUGUUUGCUGGGUCUGUUAGUGUUUUUCUCAAACUGAAGACAGCGUAUAUGUGUCAGAUACAGACCUAUGUGGUUUUAAGACAUUGCUGAAUUCAAGACAGGGUUGGAAUGGGGAGUGAUGCUGUGAAGCUCUGGCUGAGAUGAGGAAAACUGGUGCCCUAAGGAGCCUGAGAUGGUCAGAGAAGACAGCUAUUGAAUAUUUAUCCAGAGGACCUGUGCAAAGUUUUGGUGCAAUGGUUAACUUGUUAGCUGUCUGACGAGCAAACUAUAUGACAGGAGCUGCCCUGUUCUCGUGGCCUGGGCCCUGCGAGAAGCUGUGCUCCCGGAUCUGAUGGGGGGCAGAAAGGGAGCUUCGGGGGGGGGGUGAGCAAGGCAGGUAGAACUGCCACUGACAGUGGCAAGGAGCUGCUGCUCUCUUGAAAGCCAAUCCGAGAGUCUUUUUUGCUAAAGGGCAAAGGAUAAAAUGCCUUAAAUAAGGGUGAAAUGUUCCGAUGCAUCAUACUCAUCUGCCGGCCAGAGGAAGGGGGUGAUGGUCACCUUCAGGCUAUUCACAUGAACAGAACAUUAGGGCAUGUUGAAUUUUCCAACUUUCGAGUUCCAAAAUGAGGGGUGCUAAAAUGUUGUAACACGACAUGGGAAUUUGAAAUGUAUUUUGGAUAAAUUAAUAUAAUUUAGUUUUUCUUGGUAAGAAGAAUAAGUGUCAAAGUGCAUAGAAAUCAUUAUAAAUGAUUGCCAAGGCCUUGCAGUUAUCUUAUAUAUUAAUGUUUUUGUUAUUAUUUAUUGUUGUUGUUAUUUAGCAUUAUCUGACAUUUUCAGAAGGUAAAAUUAAAUUCUUUGGUUUUCCAAAAGUAGUUUAUGUACUUCUUCAUCAAAUGUAGACGUACCAAGCUAAAUGUUGACCAAUCACAAAAAUAAUAGCAGACCCGAAACCUUAAAAAAUAUAAGGUGCCUCAGUGAAAAAAAUUGCAAAAAUUAGGUUUCACAUCCUAAAAUGACGCCCCCUAGCAGAACACUCAGGUGGUCUGAUGUAACCCAGCGAGACACUUCUUAUAUUUAUUACAGUGGGCCUAAGGUAGGAGAAAUUCCUGGUGUCCUGCACCCUCAUUUGAAAUAUGCUCCCCCAGCCUUAGUUAUUUUAUCACGUGGGUGAAGGCAAGCUUUGAUUUUAAGCACAACUUGUAGAAUACACCAGCCUGGGGCUCUGGGGCUGUUUUGGACUCUAAAUCCCAUCAGCUUCAGUGAUGGGGGCCCAGGCUAGGGAAGGCUGGCCUACACCCGGUCUACUUGCUGCUUCACCAGUAUAGUAUGCCCUGCCAUACUUUCUAUCACAAGCUGGAUUGUAGUUUACCUUUCACGAGAGUGCUCUGUUGCUAGUGAUGCCGAUUACCUCAUGGCAUAAGUGAAUAUCUGUACAAACUGUUUGUACAGGAACACAAUCCUUUUACAAUCUCGCGAGCUUAAUUUUAAUGCAGCCGAGUCAAAAUCUAGGCUAUGGAAUGAACAAGUGGGAAACCUAAUCCACCAAAGCAUUAACAACGCUGGGUAGUGAUACAUGUUUUUAAAGUUGGGGGGAGGGGGGAGCUUGCAAGUUACGUGGUAGUUUACCCUAUUUGAUCUAUCGGUCUGCGAAGCUGGUGGCUUCCCCAUGAGUGGUGUGCCUCAGAUGCCUUUUCCGUUUAUGUAAGGGCCUCUGUGUGCCAAUAGCUGAGGUUAGGCAGCAGGACUGACAAGAACAUGAUCUCCCCAGGUGCCACAUGCUGAUAGAAUUCAUGUGCCCUUCUACCUUUCCCCCCGCCAGGAAUUGACCCAAGAAUGCGGAGAGAAAAAAACCCAGUAUGACAGCUGUGCAGCAGGCCUGGAGAGCAACCGUUCUGCACUGGAGCAGGUAAGAAGGCAGGCAGGACAGAGCUGCCCUUCCAUAUCUCAUCAGUUUGGUUUUACACGUGCUCAGGCUUACCCCACUUGGCCCACACAGGUGGGCAGGGGGCAGACGGCUGCACCCAGGCAUUCUGCCAGGUGCAGACAUGUGGCAAAACGGUUGGCUGCAUCCACCCCUGGACCAGUUAAACUUAACAGCAAUUAUUUUGCUUGCUUUGGCUGAAGAGGAAGCAAUUAAAUCAUCAGUGACUGUUGACAACAGGCGCUCUUUCCUUGAAAAUGGUCCUGCUGUUGUUGUCAUCAUACAUGUUAAAAAUGUGCGCUUCCUGCUUUAGGAGGUGAAGGCCCUUCAUGAAGAGUGUAUUCAGGAGGAAAGCCGCUAUCAUCACAUCAACUGCAUGAAAAAGGUCGGUCUGAAAAAGGUUCUUUUGUAGUCGUUCAGUAAGAUGAUGCUGCUUCCAUGGGAAGGGCAGUUGAUAUCUAAAUUCAGGUGUUUCUUCUUAGAUCCUAGAAGUCAGCCUUCAGCGCGCCAAAGACGAGAUGAAGCUGUAUGUUUCUUCAGAUAUGCAGGAAAGAAGAAAGGCAAUCAGGUAUUUACUCAUUUUCUUACAUUUAUAUCCUGCCUUCCUUCAACCUGGAACCCAAGGCAUCACACACAUGCUCCCCAGGAACAUCCCAAGUACUGGUCAGUCCCAGACAUGCUUAGCUGCAGCAAGAGGUUGGGCUCACUAGUGCCUUAAGACCAUUCCCUGGAAACCAAGCCUGAUGAGGAAUGGUUGAGGGAACUGAGUGUGCUUAGCCUGGUAAAGAGGAGACUGAGAGGAGAGAGGAGAGCCAUCUUCAAAUACCUCAAAGGCUGUCACAGUGGUGCUAGCUUGCCCCCACGGCUGUGGGUGCCUGGGGACGCUAAGUCAGCCCACCCACUGGCGCAUGCACACUACAUCAGCUACAUUGGUGUGCUGACAUCACUCACGCACAUAGUGGCAGCCUUAUGACGUGUGCACAUGCUCCCACAGCAUGCACACGGCCCCCACCACAUUUUGUAGGUGCCCUGCCCCCCCCAUUUAAAAUGUUGUGGGGGGCUAGGGCACUCAUGGCCCCAGGGAGUUGACGUGCCUGGGCUGCCACAUGGAAGAGGGAGCAAGCUUGUUUUCUGCUGCUCCAGAGGGCAGGACCCAAACCAAUGGAUUCCAGUGACAAGAAAGGUUAUUAAGACUCAACAAGAGGAAGAACUUUCAGACAGUAAGAGCUGUUCAACAGGGGAAUGGACUCCUUUGGGAGGUGGUGGACUCCCCUUCCUUGGAGGUUUUUAAGCAGAGGUUGGGUGGCCAUCUGUCACAGAUGCUUUAGCCGAGAUUCCUGCAUUGCAGGGGGGUGGACUAGAUGACCCUUGGUUCCUCUUCCUACUAUACAAUUCUAUGAUUCUAUGAUAUACUUGGGACUGUGAUUUAAUUCCAAACAAUUUUUCAGAAAUGGAGGUGUAAUUUAGUCUUGAACUAGAAGAAACUGAGCAUGUUAAGUUUUUGUGGAAUUCUUUGUUCCCUCUGCUUAACAGUCUCAGCAGUGACACUUCUUGUUUGCUGUGGCUCCAUUUAGGAUUCUCUCUAUAGGAAAACAGGACUGCACACACACACACACACACACACACACACACACACACACAGAGUUCAUUGAAGAACAAAAUACUGUUUAUGUCGCCUGUUGAUCUCAUGAGUCUCCAUUUAUGGUGGUUAAAUUGGGGAGCAGCCAGGAACAGAUAACAAACCCCUUGCAAAUAUAUGGAGAGAUGUAAUCCCUGUCAGUGGAGGAAAGAAGUUGAAUGCUGAGCAAAGAACUAGUAGGAAUAGUAAAGCUAAAGUGGAAAUGAGAGGACAGUUGCAGUGGAAGUUAGUGGGUGAACACCGAGAGCGUUUCUCUACUCAGUGGUUUUUGUUCUCAGUCUGUCUGCUGUAACCUACUUCUCAGACCUUGGUGUGCUAUGGUGGCUACUUCACAAACUUUGUAUGUACUGUAUUUAGAAUUCCAAGCUUAUUGGGGCCACUGUGCUUUGCCUGGCAUGUCCAGUGGGUGUCCAGUGCUCAUCCCAUCCAGUCCUAAGAGGCCACAGAGUUUAUGCUGUUCAGUCUUCUUCCUGCCCAAGUCACUCACUUGUCUGUUCCCCAUGCUGCAGACAGGGGCAGUUCUGGGAGCACCAAGAGCUAUGAAGAGGCACAUCAGGAUGCCCAUCUGUCAUGGAGGGGGGGGGAUGUUCAUUUUCCAGGUGUCUUCUGGGUCUGCCUCCUGCACUUUUGCUUUUUGACUGCACAGUAAAAUACAGGGUGCUUCUGGGUGAGUUACUCUUCUGAAUGUCCAUUUGCUACUCCCUGUGGAGAAAAAAAACAAACCAGGAGAGUGCAAAUUCUCUUGGAAAUAAGCAGAGCCUUUGAUAGGCAGAAAUUCAAUAAGUGCAGGAUGGAAAGAGAAGGCAGAUUUCUAGAAAUCCUUUCAGGGCUGAAUGUCUCUUCUUGCGAGCACUGGAAUGUAAACUGAGCUCAAACAAUCCAUAAGCAGAACCUCAGUUUACUAAUGAACCAAAAAUGCCCUAAUUCUGAUCCCCAUCCUCUGUUCCAUGGAGUCAGUACCGAGGAAUGUGAAAAGUUAAUUUUGUUCUCUAAAAAUAGUUUUAACUUUCAAAAUUAAGUUGCAUUCUUUCCAGACAUCAUUAUAAAUAGCAAAAAAAACAACCACCAACCCUUCCCCCCCCCCCGACAUUCAGAGGUUUAGUUUUCUGUUGUCUGUUUUUUCUCCUUCCAAGUCUUGGGACUAAAGAGCAAUUGGUGAACCUAAAGUGAUGGGGAAGGAUGUCAAUAGAUGUGCAUUCUCUUGGGGGCAAUUGAGGUCGUCUUGGCCCUGGCACAAAUUACAGCAGCUGCAUGCAGGUUAUGAGAAAGAUGGAUAGCCCGGGCUGCAAGAGUAAACCUGUUCCAGGCGCAAAUCCCAUUUCCCCAUAGGACAUGCAAUAUAUGGGGUGGGAAUGUGUAAAUGGCUGGCACAGGCCCUGGAGACAAGAGCAAGUUCCCAGUAGUCUUGGCUGGGGUGGGGGGAGCAAAGGAGGAAUCCUAUCCUGCCUUCCCCAGUGGAAAGCUACAACACCCGUCUAAGAGGAUUUAUAGUUCUUAAGAUUCCCAGCUGGAAGAAUUUUCUGUCCCAGGCUUCCAGUCCUUGGAUCAGCCCCCUUUUAGUCAACUGUUAAACUGUCAUUUUGCUCAGAUGACAGAGCCAAGAGUUGCAAUGAUUUCAGUGAAGUCAAAGGAUCAUUUUAGGCUGCUGAGGUAGGAGGGUUCAAGUUUGUUGUUUUUCUAUCAUCCACUGAAUUCCUUUGGGGUUUUCAGCUUAUCUUGAUGACUCACAGAUUUAUAGAAGCUUAGAUGUGUGAAACCAGUGUCCUUCAGGGCAUAGUCUCGUAGGCUUUACAUGCAGGACACUCAUCUCCAAAUGCCCCUUGGCCAUAUAACUCUCUGCCAGGCUUCGGAAAAUUCAUUCCUAGUCAGUGUAAUCUACCUUAUAAGAUGGUGACAAAUAGAACGUAAUAGGUUUUUAUCACUUUCCUAGACCCUUGAAAUAAGACAGGAAAGAUAUACAACAAAUAUGUGUUUUAACAGUAAAAAAUAAUAAUAAUGAAUCAUCUACUCAAGAGUCCAUUGGAAUUGUGAAUAAAAAGCCUCAGACCCUCACCUGCAACAUGGGUAUAAUGAUAUGGAGCUGCCUUACAGGGCUGCUGUAAAUUUGACUGGCACACAAAGUAAGUACUACUUUGAACACUCUAAAAGUGCUGGGGUGUAUGGGGUGUUACGGGCGGGACAGUACCUCUGGUGGGGGACACAUCAUGCUCCUUCUGCGGCAGUUUGUCCGCCAUUGGUCCCCACCCUGCAUUCAGCUCUCACCUGUGGCUCCUAGAAGCUGUCAGCAUAUGACAGUAGCCACAAUUCCAGGAAACGACUUCAACUGGCCAGCAGAACCAGGUAAGGGUAACCAAUGGCUCUCAAACCCUCACUGAGUCAGGAACUUCCCCUGCAUGUGAAGACAGGCUCUGGCAGAUUCAGUGGAUGAGGCCAAUAGUAGGUUUAACAGCAAGAAGGCAGUUUAUGCACGUGCUGUAGAGGGAAAUGAGGGGCAGAUAGGAGAAGGAAAACUCUGAUCCUAGACUUCCACUGCAUUGGAGCUACACACAACUGUGAGAAAGGCUUUGAGAGUAAACUCCAAGGAAAAAUCCAUACCUGCUGCCUUGCAGGACAUCUUUGGAAGAAGAAAGGGUUAAGGAGUAAACCCUACACAAAUCUGGAGUGGAGUCCCUAAAACAGUUGGAUGGUGCCUUCCAUCAACUCCUGCAGCCAAGCUGGUGUUGAACAUAUUGCUCUACUUUCCUUUGGACCACAUCAGUGGAGCCAAGAGUGGGGGUCUUGUCGCCUAGCAGCCCAGGACCUCCAUACACGCUGCCCAGGCUUGCUCCCCAGAGAGGAGCAGUCACGAGUUACUGGUCUCUGCAGCCACAGCAGGUGCCGUGAUUCUCCAACAUUUUGACUUCACAUCCACAGGUUUUUUGUAAAUAAUGUGUAUGUGUGUAUGUAUGUGUUUAUUUUAUUUUCUUCUUUAGGGAACAAUAUACUCGGAUGAUCACAGAACAAGAAAACCUUGGAAAGGUAAUAAUAGGUUAUUAUUUUUAAAAAUAUUCCCCUUCAGUUUUAGAAAAUGCUACAUUUCAUGCCUGUCAUUAGUUUAUUCUGGUCCUUAUGCACAGCCUCCAAAAAACCAUUCUGUUGCAGCUCGGAGAAAUUGGCUUCUCAAAAUAAAAUAGAGAAACAAUUCUGAAGUCAGUUUCCUAUAGAUAAUGCUUAAGCUGCUUGACUAUCUUUUACAAACAGCACAUUCCCCAGGAACCCCAGGGAUAAGAUAUUGUAAUGCAGGCGACACUUUGCUAGAUCAAAUUUGAAGUGGUAUAUACAGAAACUGGCUGAAGAUGAUACAUUUCCCAGCUGUUGUCCUUGGUGUUUUUAUAGAAAGUAACUGAAGUGCUUUUGAGAUAGCUGCGUUGACUAAGACCCUUGCUGAGUUCUGUACAUUUUUAAUCGUCUUCUGUAAAGUUCAGAAUUGCACAAAUAAUUCCUUUUUCUUAACUUCUUUCUUUAACGUUUCCCUUAUAAAUUCAGUUAUGCAAGUGUUAUACUUUUAAGGACAGAAUUCCUUGUAAAGAUUAAUUUCAUUUUUUUCUUUAUGUUCUAGAGUUAGUCUGGUGUGGUGGUGAGAGGGUCAGAGUAGGACAUGGGAGGCUUUAAAACCCAACUCAGCCAUGAAGCUCACUAGGAUGACCAGUCACUGUCUUUCAGCCUAACCUCUUCCUUACAGGGUUGUUGUGGGGAUUAAAUGGGGGGGGACCAUGUGUGCCACCUGGAGCUCCUUGGAGGAAAAGGUGUGGUAUAAAUGAGGUUAGAAUCAUAGAAUCAUAGAGUUGGAAGAGACCACAAGGGCCAUCGAGUCCAACCCCCUGCCAAGCAGGAAACACCAUCAGAGCACUCCUGACAUAUGGUUGUCAAGCCUCUGCUUAAAGACCUCCAAAGAAGGAGACUCCACCACACUCCUUGGCAGCAAAUUCCACUGUCGAACAGUUCUUACUGUCAGGAAGUUCUUCCUAAUGUUUAGGUGGAAUCUUCUUUCUUGUAGUUUGGAUCCAUUGCUCCGUGUCUGCUUCUCUGGAGCAGCAGAAAACAACCUUUCUCCCUCCUCUAUGUGACAUCCUUUUAUAUAUUUGAACAUGGCUAUCAUAUCACCCCUUAACCUCCUCUUCUCCAGGCUAAACAUGCCCAGCUCCCUUAGCCGUUCCUCAUAAGGCAUCGUUUCCAGGCCUUUGACCAUUUUGGUUGCCCUCCUCUGGACACGUUCCAGUUUGUCAGUGUCCUUCUUGAACUGUGGUGCCCAGAACUGGACACAGUACUCCAGGUGAGGUCUGACCAGAGCAGAAUACAGUGGCACUAUUACUUCCCUUGAUCUAGAUGCUAUACUCCUAUUGAUGCAGCCCAGAAUUGCAUUGGCUUUUUAGCUGCCGCGUCACACUGUUGGCUCAUGUCAAGUUUGUGGUCAACCAAGACUCCUAGAUCCUUUUCACAUGUACUGCUCUCAAGCCAGGUGUCCCCCAUCUUGUAUUUGUGCCUCUCAUUUUUUUGCCCAAGUGCAAUACUUUACAUUUCUCCCUGUUCAAAUUCAUCUUGUUUGUUUUGGCCCAGUUCUCUAAUCUGUCAAGGUCGUUUUGAAGUGUGAUCCUGUCCUCUGGGGUGUUAGCCACCCCUCCCAGUUUGGUGUCAUCUGCAAAUUUGAUCAGGAUGCCCUUGAGUCCAUCAUCCAAGUCGUUGAUAAAUAUGUUGAAUAAGACUGGGCCCAAGACAGAACCCUGUGGCACCCCACUAGUCACUCUUCUCCAGGAUGAAGAGGAACCAUUGAUGAGCACCCUUUGGGUUCGGUCAGUCAGCCAGUUACAAAUCCACUGAGUGGUAGCAUAGUCAAGACCGCAUUUUACCAGCUUCUUUACAAGAAUAUCAUGGGGCACCUUGUCAAAUGCCUUGCUGAAAUCAAGGUAGGCUACAUCCACUGCGUUCCCUUCAUCUACCAGGCUUGUAAUUCUGUCAUCAAUGUUGAUCAGGUUAGUCUGACAUGACUUAUUUUUCAGAAAUCCAUGCUGACUAUUGGUGAUCACAGCAUUCCUUUCUAGGUGCUCACAGACUGUUUGCUUAAUGAUCUGCUCCAGAAUCUUCCCUGGUAUUGAUGUCAGACUGACUGGGCGGUAAUUAUUUGGGUCCUCUCUUUUCCCCUUUUUGAAAAUAGGGACAACAUUUGCCCUCCUCCAGUCUGCCGGGACUUCGCCUGUUCUCCAGGAAUUCUCAAAGAUGACUGCCAGUGGUUCUGAGAUCACAUCUGCCAGUUCUUUUAAUACUCUUGGAUGCAGUUCAUCUGGCCCUGGAGACUUGAAUACAUCUAAACUAGCCAAGUAUUCUUCUACUAUCUCCUUAGUUAUUCUGGGCUGUGUUUCCUUUGCUGAAUCAUUUGCUCCAAAUUCUUCAGGUCGGGCAUUGUUUUCUUUAUCGGAGAAGACUGAGGCAAAGAAGGCAUUGAGGAGUUCGGCCCUUUCUGUGUCCCCUGUUUGCAUUUCACCAUCUUCUCCUCUGAGUGUUGUUGUUGUUGUUAUUCAUUCCAGAUUACAAAGCAGACUACAGAGCAGUGACUAAUAUGUUUGUAGUCCUGAUAACAGUUCAUUUUGAAUUGCCUUUUAACCCUGUUUUAGAUCUUCUUUGCAGAAUUGUCAUCAAAAAUUGUCUUCUAUUAUUUCAACAUACACAAAACACACACAUAAAACAUACAUAAAACACUUAAUCUAUGUGUUUUUUUAGUGCUAAGCAUGGAGCUCAGAUUUAGGGGACAGGCUGUAGCUCACAGGCUGAGCACUCUGCAUAUGCAUGCUGAGUUCUGCCCCAACAGUGGCUGCCCCAGUCAAUUCAGGAUCUUGUAAUGCCACGCAGACAAAGUAGCAGCAAUUGAAUUAUUAUUAUUAUUAAUAUCCCACCCGUCUGGCUGGGUUUCCCCAGCUUCUCUGGACAGCUUACAGCAUAUAUAAAAACAUAAUAAAGCAUCAAACAUUAAAAACUUCCCUAAACAUUAAAGGGAAUAAAAUAAGGUUAGAAUGUGUUAAGAUAAUUAUAGGAUAGAAAACAGAGGAAGAUGGAAAGGAAUUGCUGAAAUAAUUAAUUGAUGUGGAAUACAAAAAGGGAGGUGUGAGGAAGUCGUGGAAAUAAGCGAAUGAAAGAUAUGACAUUGAAAUUGUUUAAAAUGGUCUUUGUUUUGUUUUAUUUGUCUUGCAUUGUAUUGUGUUGUUUUUUGUUUUUUGUUUCUUUUUGCUUCUUUGCUUUGUUUAACUCUUUUUCUUUUUUUUGUAACUUUUAAACUCUUAAUAAAUAUAUAUUUUUUUAAAAAAAAAAAACUUCCCUAAACAGGGCUGCCUUCAAAUGUCUUCUAAAAGUUGUGUAGUUGUUUAUUUCCUUGACAUCUGAAGGGAGGGUGCCACUACUGAGAAGGCCCUCUGCCUGGUUCCCUGUAACUUCAGUUCUCGCAGUGAGGGAACCACCAGAAGGCCCUUGAAGGAGGACCUCAGUGUCCGGGCUGGACGAUGGAAUGGAGAUGCUCCUUUGGGUGUACUGGGUCGAGGCCAGGAUCUCUUGUUCAGAGAAAUAAAUGUUUGUGCCCCACUGUGAGGUAACUGUUGUAACUCUGAAACAUUUCUUGGAAUGAUUUUGACUGUUCUUUUGAGUAACAGAAACUGCGAGAGAAGCAGAAGAGUGUGCGGGAAAGCCAUGGUCCAAAUCUGAAGCAAGUGAAAAUGUGGCGAGAUUUCCAGCUGCUCAUGGAGUGCAAGAAGGAAUGUUUCCUCAAGCAGCAAAACCAAGCAUCCAUUGGCCAGGUGAUUCAGGAAGGAGGAGAGGACCGGCUGGUCUUGUGAAUCAAGCUGUUUGGUAUCCCAGGCAUACUGAGCAUCAGUUCUCUUGUGAAAAUUGGUCUAGUUCUACAACUGUUUUUACAACAGUUAGAUUUCUGAUUGCUGUUGUUCAGGGGCUCAGCUGCUGUUCAGCUACAACGGCUGCUUGGAAAAGUCCCAGCCUAAAUAGAAUGGCAAUGGUUUCCCAGUUUGACUGGGAGCCUUUUUGGCCGCUCCUUGUAUUAAAGAGAGAAAAUAACUCUCAUUCUACAGUUCUGCAGAUGCAAAGUUGCUCUAUCACUUGGAGGCCAGUUUAAGCAGUGGGACGGGCUCCGUGUUCAAUUACUGCAUUGAAAUGGGCUUACGUGCAAAGGUCUAGUCCAUGUGUUGAGCUGAAGGCUGGCUGUUUUCACAGAGAAACCAAGAUAAAUGAUACUCCCUCCCCAGGCCCAAAAAAGUUGGAAGUUCUAAUUCUGCAGCUUCUACAGCCAAGCAGCAGGAUAUACUGUGACACAGAGCCAAACUGGCUUGCAAGAAGUCCACUCACCCCACUUAGUCAUGCCCAAACCUGGCAUAUUGCUUCCUCUUGGUACUGGGGAAAGGAUGCUGAUUUAUCUUCCAAGGGCAGAGCAGGGCUUACAUUCUCAGCACGUUUCUUAAACAUGCAUUUUUUGCAUCAAAGUAUGUGCAGGCCUAUAACUUCAUCGGGUGUCAUCUUUAAAUGGCCACUCCCCCUGGAGAGCUGCAGUGGAGUAUAGAAGCAACAGGCAAAGCUUGCUUUGGGGAAGCAAAGUGUGGCCAGUUGAUACAAGAGCCAUUAGACUUCUCCCUUGAGAUAAGCAAAGGGUGUGUAAAGAAAAUUUACUAGUUGGACUAAAACUAGUAAAUUUAGUCCUUGGACUAAAACUGAGGUGCAGGAACUUCCAGAAGUUUCCUUCCUUCCCUUAGGCCUUUGACCUAUAGUCAUUUAGAAACAUAUGAAAAGUAGUUAUUCUAACCUUUUCUAGCUUUGUUAGAACAAUGGCAUUUUAACAUUCCCUGUAGCUUUCUGCUCUCUGCCUAUUUUUUCCUGGUUGAUAUUAAAUUAAUGUAUUUCAUUAAUGUAGCCACAGAGACAAUAAAGUCUAUCAUUCACAUUGUUAUUCUUCUGUACGCUUGUUCAGUUCCCCAUUGUCCAUACUUAAUAAAGAACAGGAGUUU